GUGUUUGAAGGCAGGGUUGACUAUGGACCCAGUCAUUGUAGAGGCUUUCCUGGCCAGCCUGUCCAACCGUCUCUACAUCUCCCAGGAGAAUGACAAGUAAGACACAUUUGUGUGUUUUCUAUUUUAACAUGAUGAUGAUAAUGAUGGGGGUAUGAUGACGAGACCCCUUAUUGCCCCUUUUACUAGUGAUACCUCUACUUCCCAUGAUUGACAGCCACUCUAACCAAUCCAGUGUCUCUCUUGCCCCCUUUUACUAAUGAUAACACUACCCAUGAAUGAUUGACAUCCACUCUGAUCAAUCUGGUGUCUUUCUCUUUCUCCCAGAGAGGCCCACCUGAUCCCGGACCACACCAUCAGGGCACUGGGUCACAUCGCGGUGGCUCUGAGGGACACUCCCCGAGUCAUGGAGCCCAUCCUGCAGAUCCUGCAGCAGAAGUUCUGCCAGCCGCCCUCCCAGCUCGAUGUGCUCAUCAUAGACCAACUGGGCUGCAUGGUCAUCACAGGCAAUGUGAGUUGUCCACGCACGCACACACUCACACGCAAACGUAUUCCCCCCUCAGUGAAUUCACCCCAUUUUCUAUAAAAUAUAUUGUAAAUUGUAUUGAAAUUGUAAAGUAUUUUUGUCUGAAAUGCAUUUUUCGUUAUGUCUGACCCCAAGCAUUUCACUUCACCUGCAAUAACAUCUGCUAAAUAUGUGUAUGUGACGAAUAACAUUUGAUUUGAUAUGAUUUGAGGAAGAUCUAAAUUCACCUCCCCCCUCUCUCUGUGCCUCUCUCUCUCUCCUCAGCAAUACAUCUACCAGGAAGUUUGGAACCUGUUCCAGCAGAUCAGUGUGAAAGCCAGCUCAGUGGUGUACUCCGCCACUAAGGACUACAGAGACCAUGGAUACAGGUGGGGUUUUCCUCCAGGACUACAAAUACCAUCAUGGGUGUCAAAAGGGCUACAUAUGAUGUUAUCUUUCAUGAAGUAUUGAAAUGACAAAGUUGUGUGUGCGGUGUUUGUGUAUACUGCAGACACUGCUCCCUGGCUGUGAUCAAUGCUCUGGCCAAUAUCGCGGUCAACCUCCAACAGGGGGAGCUACUUAUCGAUGAGCUAAUGGUCAAUCUGCUGGAGCUGUUUGUCCAGCUGGGACUGGAGGGCAAGAGAGCCAGCGAGAGGGCCUCAGACAAGGGCCCUGCGUUGAAGGUACACGGACGCCCAUGCACCCAGACAUACACGCAUGUGCACUAAUAACAACAGUGUCUUAGAGUGACUUUCCCUGCUCCCUCCUCUAGGCAUCCAGCAGUGCAGGCAACCUUGGGGUCCUUAUCCCAGUCAUCGCUGUGGUAAGUACCUUAUGCUGUCUGUUCAAAGUGUCUUCCCAUUUUACCUGAUUUCCUGACUUGAACCAUUGGCACUCCAAUCACUCAUUGGUAGUCAGAUAGGCAUCAAAAUUGUGUGAGUAGCUGAACUAAAGCACUUAAAAGGAAAGGACGUGUGUGUGUGUGUGUGUGUGUGUGUGUGUGUGUGUGUGAUGGAUCUGAUGGUAUCACAUACCAACCCGAAUAGAUCUGAGCUCUAUCUAGUUAGUUUAACUCUGCCAACAAAUAUUUACUCUACUUGCAAAAUAUGUCACUGGGUUUUUAUCUUGGAGCUUUUGUUUUCAAGCCUGGCUGAGGCGUGACCCAAGUGACUACACAGUCAAGGAUAUAGAGAUGCUGGUGUUAGCAAUACUUUUAGUUUUCACCCUUUAUCAAAUAAAAUAAAAUGUUAUUGGUCACGUACACAUAUUUAGAAGAUGUUAUCGCGGGUGUAGCGAAAUGAUUAUGUUCCUAGCUCCAACAGUGCAGUAAUAUUUAACAAUACAAAACAAUAUACCCAAAUCCAAAAAAUCCAAAGAAAGGAAAUUAGAAAUAUUAGAACGAACAAUGUCAGAAAGUAAUUACACACCUUGACUUUUUCCACAUUUUGUUGUGUUACAGCCUGAAUUUAACAUGUGACUCAAUGCCUCGAUUUGGUCUUAUGUAGCAACAUUUGAAAUGGUGUUUUUUUUACAUUGGAUAAAAGUAGAGACUCCGAGCUAGACAAUGGUAUAUCAUAAACUGCAGUUGAGGAACAAUUGGAAAGUAAUUCUGCUUUGAAAGUUGAUAAACUUACUACUGGAGAGCUCUUCUUUGUCUACACCCAUUCCCAUCUCUUUAGGAUUCACAUGUGAGGCCAUGUGCUAAACAGAGUGAGUGGUGUAGUAAACAAUCAAAGAUUAAGACUAAAAGUAGUAGCCUACAAUAAGGAAAAACUCCAGGUAGAAAUACACUUUAUCUAGUCUUUGGGCUAUAUCUGACUUUGGUGCAGGUCAUGUUGUUCUUCACAUUACCAUUUCUGGUAAACACAAAAUAAAAAGUUGAUUUGUCACAUGCACAAGAUACAGAAGGUGUAAAUGGUACAGUGAAAUGGUUACUUGCAUAUUUGCAUAGUAGCAAUAUCAAAAACAGAAAGUGUCCAGAUACAAAUAUUUUAUAAAUAUUAGAUGAUGCUUACCCAGACACACUAAAUUGAUGGGUCAUGUGAAAGAAAUGCUAUAACCCCCAGCCACAUCUUGCUAAGUGGAUGGGUCUCUACAGAAGGUGUAAACGGUACAGUGAAAUGGUUAUUUGCAUGGUAGCAAAACCAUCAAGCGCUAUGAUGGAACUGGCUGUCAUGAGGACUGUCACAGGAAAGGAAGACCCAGAGUUACCUCUGCUGCAGAGGAUACGUUCAUUAGAGUUAACUGCACCUCAGAUUGCAACCCAAGUAAAUGCUUCACAGAGUUCAAGUAACAGACACAUCUCAACAUCAGCUGUUCAGAGGAGACUGCGUGAAUCAGGCCUUCGUGGUCGAAUUGCUGCAAAGAAACCACUACUAAAGGACACCAAUAAUAAGAAGAGACUUGCUUGUGCCAAGAAACACGAGCAAUGGACAUUAGACCGGUGGAAAUCUGUCCUUUGGUCUGAUGAGUCCAAAUUUGAGAUUUCUGGUUCCAACCACAGUGUCUUUGUGAGACGCAGAGUAGGUCAACGGAUGAUCUCUGCAUGUGUGGUUCCCACCGUGAAGCAUGUAGGAGGAGGUGUGAUGGUGUGGGGGUGCUUUGCUGGUGACACCUAUUUUGAUUUCAAGGCACACUUAACCAGCAUGGCUACCACAGAAUUCUGCAGCAAUACGCCAUCCCAUCUGGUUUGCGCUUCGUGGGACUAUCAUUUGUUUUUCAACAGGACAAUGACCCAACACACCUCCAGGCUGUGUAAGGGCUAUUUGACCAAGAAGGAGAGUGAUGGAGUGCUGCAUCAGAUGACCUGGCCUCCACAAUCCCCCGACCUCAACCCAAUUGAGAUGGUUUGGGAUGAGUUGGACAGCAGAGUGAAGGAAAAGCAGCCAACAAGUGCUCAGCAUAUGUGGGAACUCCUUCAAGACUGUUGGAAAAGCAUUCCUCAUUAAGCUGGUUGAGAGAAUGCCAAGAGUGUGCAAAGCUGUCAUCAAGGCAAAGGGUGGCUAUUUGAAGAAUCUCAAAUAUAAAAUAUAUUUUGAUUUGUUUAACACUUUUUUGGUUACUACAUGAUUCCAUAUGUGUUAUUUCAUAGUUUUGAUGUUUUCACUAUUAGAAAAAUAAAGAAAAACCCUUAAAUGAGUAGGCAUGUCUAAACUUUUGACUGGUACUGUAUGUCAGAGUGGUUAGAGGAACUAUCGAGUACCAGGCCAUUAGGACCUGAUGGUCUUUAACAAGUUGGAUACUACCAAAAACAUGUCCAGAGUGCAUAAGAGGAGAUUACCAUGACUCAACAGUCACUGUCGGUGUGGUGAGUCCCCUGUAUCUCAGUUGGUAGAGCAUGGCGCUUGCAGCGCCAGGGUUGUGGGUUUGUUUCCCACGGGGGGCCAGUAUGAAAAUGUAUGCACUCACUAACUGUAAGUCGCUCUGGAUAAAAGCAUCUGCUAAAUGACUAAAAUGUAAAAAAUGCUAAUACUGUUACCUCAACAGCCUUAGAUGUGGUCCUUGAUGAUCUUCGUGGCCUUAUUGUAACACCGGGUGCUGUAGAUAUCCUGGAGGGCAGGGCAGGCAGUGUGCCCCCCCAUUUAUUGGAAAGCUGACUGUAUUUGUAAGAUUUCUGUAUCUUGAUUUAGAUUAGUUUUUUAUAUUGCAGAUUUUUUGUUGUUGUUGAGUGGUCCACAAACAGACACAGACACAAACACAACGUGACACACACACACACACACACACACACACACACACACACACACACACACAGAAAACAUGUUUUGCGCUGGUAUUUUAACUUGUAAAGCCCCUUUAAUGUAUGUCAUACAACACAAAAUUAUUUUCAAACGUCUCUUAAUGGUUUUGCAUAUCAUUUUAGCUAACCUUCUAGACAGAACUUCACAUACACUUCAGAACAUCUAAACAAAAAAAUGUUACAAAAUGUCCAAUCUUUUUAAGUCAUGGUCAAAUGGACUAAUUUAUUUUCUCUAAAAUGUUUCUUGAUUAGCCAAAGCAGUCACAACAUUGCAUCAAUGUGGUCACGGCGAUAAAUUAUCAGAGUUUCUAGUCGAACAGCCUCCACUGUAAAUAUAGGGAGAGAUGGAACAUUAACAGACAGCAAAUAACAAACACUCCUAACUGACCUCUCCCUCAGACACCGGUUAGGAGUCCCAUUGUAGGAUCAGCAGGAUUGGUUAAAAGGCAAAUAUUCUUGAAAUGGCUUCCUACUUUGGGUAGAUGCUUGCUGGAAAAGGACAUUAAUUAGUGGCCAGGUAAACAAAACCAAAACGUGGAUUUCUGUCCAUAGACUGCUUACAGGGUAAAGAAACCAAUAUGUAAAUGUAUAAUUUGGGUGAACUAUCCCUAUAAGAUACAGCGUUACCAAGCUUUUAGCUCUGUGAGGGGUCGACCACGCGGCCCAUGAACACAAGGCAGUCUGUGCGGUGCUCGUAGAUGAGGAAGAGGAAGGGACGGUCGAUGAUGAAGCGGAUCUGGGAGGAGAGGGGCAUGAAGCCCACUUGGGUCAGAGCCGCAGCCUCUGUCCCCUCCUCGUUCACGGUGAUCGUCCCCUGGUGCUUCAACUGGUGGGGAGGGGAGAAAAAGAAAGAGAACAUAGUUCAGAACCUUGUCUUGACCCAGUCAUAUUUAAACAUUAUUAGAUAGCCAAAACUUAUUUGACUUUGAUGGUGUAUUGAUGUUAUUAGCAUAGAGUAAAUUAAAGUGAAAAUGGUGGCACUUGUCAGGUGGGACUCUACUCUAGAAGGUAGAUUUACCCAGUUAAUAGUGAUCUUCUCGGAAGUCAUCCCAGUGAAGUCGCCCUUCUCCUCAAACAGGUCUGUGAGGCCCAUCUCCUUCAGGUUGUCUAUCAGGUCAUAACUCUGCUCCAGCUUAAACUUGGGAAACACAACCUCACGCGUCCUGUGGGAGAAACCAAUACAGAAUAUAAUAUUUUAGACCCAUAUCUCUUAUCCCAUAACUCCGAUCAUUUGUUAGUUAUGUUUUGGCCCUAUACUCUAACCUAGUGGUAAUCUUACCUGUGUUCUUUCCUGUUCACCUUGUGUAGUCAGUUGUUCUUACCUGGGGGCCAGGUCUGCUCACUUGCCGGUCAAGUAUUGUCAGGAGUGGUCACCUAUUGUCUUGUAUGGUCAUGUGUGCUCAUGUCUUUUAUCAAGUCUGCCUGUCCGUCAAUCAUGUUUUCUUACCUUUUGGACAGGUGUGACCAGGUGUGGUCAUUAUGUUCUGAACUGUAGUUCAGGUGUGACCAGGUGUGGUCAUAAUAUGGUCUCACCUGUUGGUCAUGUUACUUAGCCACUUGUUGACCACAGUGGGGGAGAUCUCUUGCUCCAGGUUCCUCAUGCCAGAGAUCUUCCUGGGCAGGGCGAUGAGCAUGCUGAUGUUCCCGGCGUAUGGUAGCUAGAAUAGCAAUAAUCAUGGUUUGAUUCAUGUAGACUACAAUAGUGCUUUUCCAGUUUUCAAAUGUCUUUACAUUGGAAAGGCUAGAACAUUGUUUCACAGCAACUUUUGAUCCUUUAGGGGCAUCAUCUGACUUGGAAGCAUACCGUAGGCCUAUAUCGCAGUGCACUAAAUCUUCUUUAUUUUCUAACCCACUUCCCCCAACUAAAUGUCUACCACCCACCUGUAAGAUGUCACACUGUAGUUCGUGGUCUGCAGCCGCCAGGUAGUUCCCUUUGUUCUGCAUCAUUGGCACUCGAACAUUUGUCUUCUCAUUCACACGGAAGUUCCGGUAGUGAGUCAUCUCCUUUGGGAAUUUCUGCUGCCAUGUACCUGUUUGUGUGGGUGAGAUCGACUGGCUUGUGUCAAGAAGUUGUUUCUCAACUGGUUUACAAAGAGAGGAUUUGAAGCUGGUCGUUAAAAUGUAAUGGAAAUGUAAUAUAGCCCAUAAUAUAUCAACUUUAAAAUCUAAUCUGAGGCUAGACAGAAAGAUACUUGAACCUUGGUCCAUAGAAAUGGCAUAGUUGAGGCUUAUUUCUCUGAUGUUGUACAUACCUUUAAAAUAGAGGUAGUUGAGUAGCAUCAGCACCAUAUUGGGGUCCACACUCUUCAGUGGUUCUUUGAUCAGUCCUUUGGUCAGCUUCGAGAUGCGCCAGUUGGCCUUGUCCAGAAACGCCUUGUCCCCGAAGUCCACCGACUGGGGCUCCGCAAAAUAGUAUGCCUUGGUAUUUGCCCGGAAACUUGGUUCCACCGCCACCUCUUUUUUCACGUACAGGUCAUUAACGGAUCGCAAUGUGUAUCCGAAGUUCCGUCGGAAGAGUCUGUGCGUAAUCUUCCGGAACAGCUUGUGUACGGUAACGUUGUCGUAGUGAUGGCUGGCGUUGACGAAUUCGGCAAAUCCCAGCGUCCGGUAAAGCUGCGCAUGUGUUCUGGGCCCCGCUCCCAGUGACAUCAUUCCCAUGGCGAUGGAGAUUCCGGCGGGCGCCAGCAGAAUGUUGUCAGUCUGAUUGACUUCGUUCCGAAGGCUACGGUAGAGUUUGAAACCAAAGUGGGCGUUGACCAAAUUGAUUCGUUGGAGGCGCGAGCGGCCGUGGAAUAGGCGUAGGAGUCUGGCUCGCCGUGUCUUUGGGUCUGAGGGUUCAGCGAAGAUGUCGAUAUCUGGAGCGGGAGUUGCGAUCUCAUCAAUUGUAUCCCCUUCACUGUAAUAAUAUAAAUAUUAUGAAACUAGCAGAAGUUUUUAUUCCAAAAUGAUUUACACAGUCAACACUCUGUAAUUGUGGAAUCAAACCCACAAGCAUGCACCAUGCUCCAGCCAACUGUGCCACUUCAAUCAAUGGAUGUCUACAGAGCAUGUCUACAGAGCUUCCCAGUGCUCAAAUCACUUGACAUUGUUAGAGGAUGAGUACAAUGUAUAUCACCCACCUGUAGUCAUCCCCCCCUUCGGCCAGGAUCUUGUCAAAGUCAAUGUAGUCUUCGUCCUCGUAGCCUUCCAGGGGCAGAUCGUUGGUCACAGUGUUCUCUUUGUGGAACUCCAGAGGAAUGUUCUCCAUGUCCAGAGCUCCACCCUGGCCAAGGCCUCGUGGGUCUGGCUUAGUAUUUGGGGUCGGACUCUGGUCAUAGAAGCUGAAGUGAGAGCCCAGGUCCUUGACCCCGGCCAGAGAGGUACCGACGAGGAGACAGGACACAGCGAUGACCGUGACGACCCACAUCCUUACACCGACAUGACAUAGAAGGCAUUUAUUAAUCUAGAACAAACCACCUGACUAGAAGCCACCAGUGUUUCUAGUCAGGACUGAGUCUUAAGCCACGACACAACAGGAAUCAUCCACGACCCACCAUUUUGGGAAAUACUGACCUAAGGCAUUUAUCAAGCACAAAUAGCCAUGGUCAAUAUCAACAUGCUUUGCCUUCUUUUGGCUGAAUACCGAAGACAACAGUUUCUCCAUACAGCAAAGAACAUCCAAACUUGUUAUUAGACUUAAAUUAACACUUUAUUAACACCCUUUCCUAUAGGUAAUUUUAUUCAGCAGUUCAAAUCUCACAAACUUUUCUGCUCAAUUUCAAAGGAAGUUUUCAGUUAAUAAAUAGUUUAAGCAUGAACACGACAACGAUAGUCAAUAUCUUGGUAGGUUUGACGACAGUAGGGGACUAAAAUGGCUUACCUGUGCUUUCUCUGUGGUGGCUGGAACUUGUGUGUUUGGUCUGUUUGCAACACUGAAGAAAGAGCAGAAAUACCAAACUGAACUUUGAUGUCCUCUUCCUGAACAAAUAACCCAGAUCAAACAACAAUGGGCACAAAGUCCCCACUGUAUCUGUCUUUUUUUAAACUUGUUUGUCCAUUUAUCCAAUUGAUGUCAAUAACAUGGAAGCCGACAUCAAAUACUGUUUCACUGCCAUGUUUAGAUUAUUAUUGGUUACACAGUUUUAAGUGCUACAUCAUCAAUAUUGUAAAAAUGUGCUAUUUUGUGGAAUAGUUUUUUUUAUGGUUAUGACAUGCCCAUGCAUUGUUAUUUUAGAUUUUAGAAUGCCAUUGCAAUCCAGAUUCACUAGCCUUGAUGGUUUUCAAUCUCUGUCUCUCCCUCUGUCAUCUGUUGUGCAAAGCCUAUGGUCACAUUAUAUUUGCAUCCACCCUUCCUACUGUGCUCCCACUUUCCUGUCCCCCCCCCCCUCUGUUUCCAGGUGACUGAAUAAAGUGUACAAUUUUUUAAAAAUCUUUCUCUCCCUUUACAGCUGACCAGACGGAUGCCGCCAAUCAUUGAGGCUAAGCCCCGCCUUCAAAAGCUUUUCAGGGACUUCUGGCUGUACUCUGUGGUCAUGGGCUUUGCCGUGGAGGGCUCGGGUCUAUGGCCAGAGGAGUGGUAUGAGGGAGUGUGUGAGAUCGCCACCAAGUCUCCUCUCCUGACUUUCCCUAGCGGUGAACCACUCCGCUCCGAACUACAGUACAACUCUGCCCUGAAGAAUGACACAGUCACACCGGUACACACAAAACACAGACACACAGACACACACACAAAGAACAACACAGUCAGGUGAUCAAUUCACCUAACCUAAAUAAUGCCACCUGUAUCUUUAUUGGAACUCUACUUGUCCAAGUCUAACUCUAUCUGUCCCCAUCCUGUACCUAGUUGUCCCUCUUCCUGUAAGUAUUACUACCUGUCUGUCUGUCGUGCAGGCUGAGCUGAGUGAUCUGCGAUCCACCAUCAUCAACCUGUUGGACCCCUCCCCUGAAGGAUCUGCUCUCAUCAACAAACUAGACUUUGCCAUGUCGACGUACCUACUGUCUGUCUACAGGCUGGAGUACAUGAGGUGAGCUACCCCCUAUAUAUCUAUACCUGCUGCUGCUCUAUUACCCAUGUCCACCUACAUGCUGUCUGUAUACAGACCAGGGCCCAUACAGUGGGGAAAAAAAGUAUUUAGUCAGCCACCAAUUGUGCAAGUUCUCCCACUUAAAAAGAUGAGAGAGGCCUGUAAUUUUCAUCAUAGGUACACGUCAACUAUGACAGACAAAUUUAGAUUUUUUUUUCCAGAAAAUCACAUUGUAGGAUUUUUAAUGAAUUUAUUUGCAAAUUAUGGUGGAAAAUAAGUAUUUGGUCAAUAACAAAAGUUUCUCAAUACUUUGUUAUAUACCCUUUGUUGGCAAUGACACAGGUCAAACGUUUGCUGUAAGUCUUCACAAGGUUUUCACACACUGUUGCUGGUAUUUUGGCCCAUUCCUCCAUCCAGAUCUCCUCUAGAGCAGUGAUGUUUUGGGGCUGUCGCUGGGCAACACGGACUUUCAACUCCCUCCAAAGAUUUUCUAUGGGGUUGAGAUCUGGAGACUGGCUAGGCCACUCCAGGACCUUGAAAUGCUUCUUACGAAGCCACUCCUUUGUUGCCCGGGCGGUGUGUUUGCUGAAAGACCCAGCCACGUUUCAUCUUCAAUGCCCUUGCUGAUGGAAGGAGGUUUUCACUCAAAAUCUCACGAUACAUGGCCCCAUUCAUUCUUUCCUUUACACGGAUCAGUCGUCCUGGUCCCUUUGCAGAAAAACAGCCCCAAAGCAUGAUGUUUCCACCCCCAUGCUUCACAGUAGGUAUGGUGUUCUUUGGAUGCAACUCAGCAUUCUUUGUCCUCCAAACACGACGAGUUGAGUUUUUACCAAAAAGUUCUAUUUUGGUUUCAUCUGACCAUAUGACAUUCUCCCAAUCCUCUUCUGGAUCAUCCAAAUGCACUCUAGCAAACUUCAGACGGGCCUGGACAUGUACUGGCUUAAGCAGGGGGACACGUCUGGCACUGCAGGAUUUGAGUCCCUGGCGGCGUAGUGUGUUACUGAUGGUAGGCUUUGUUACUUAGGUCCAGCUCUCUGCAGGUCAUUCACUAGGUCCCCCCGUGUGGUUCUGGGAUUUUUGCUCACCGUUCUUGUGAUCAUUUUGACCCCACGGGGUGAGAUCUUGCGUGGAGCCCCAGAUCGAGGGAGAUUAUCAGUGGUCUUGUAUGUCUUCCAUUUCCUAAUAAUUGCUCCCACAGUUGAUUUCUUCAAACCAAGCUGCUUACCUAUUGCAGAUUCAGUCUUCCCAGCCUGGUGCAGGUCUACAAUUUAGUUUCUGGUGUCCUUUGACAGCUCUUUGGUCUUGGCCAUAGUGGAGUUUGGAGUGUGACUGUUUGAGGUUGUGGACAGGUGUCUUUUAUACUGAUAACAAGUUCAAACAGGUGCCAUUAAUACAGGUAUCGAGUGGAGGACAGAGGAGCCUCUUAAAGAAGAAGUUACAGGUCUGUGAGAGCCAGAAAUCUUGCUUGUUUGUAGGUGACCAAAUACUUAUUUUCCACCAUAAUUUGCAAAUAAAUUCAUAAAAAAUCCUACAAUGUGAUUUUGGGGAUUUUUUUCUUCUCAAUUUGUCUGUCAUAGUUGACGUGUACCUAUGAUGAAAAUGACAGGCCUCUCAUCUUUUUAAGUGGGAGAGCUUGCACAAUUGGUGGCUGACUAAAUACUUUUUUCCCCACUGUAUGUAUCAAGCGUCUCAGAGUAGGAGUGCUGAUUUGGGAUCAGUUUUGGCUUUUGGAUCAUUAUACGCAUUGAUUGUAUGGAAAAGCAAGGACCUGAGCCUAGAUCAGCACUCCCACUGUGGGACACUUGAUACAUACAGCACUUGAGGUUGGAGCAGCACCUAUUUAUGCACUCCUGGUUUAUAUUCCCCAACAUUAGGGGACUCAUACUGUUCUCGCUCUCUCUCUCGUUCUGUCUCAGGAUGUUGCGUUCUAACGACGCAGACAUAUUCCAGGUGAUGUUCCGGUACUUUGAGGACAAAGCCAUCCAGAAGGACAAAUCUGGUGGGCGUAACGUUGUAUCUGCGUUUGAACUGCGUUGUAAUGUUGUAUAUUGGUUGUAUUUAUGUAUUUUUUUUUUCUGUUUCUGAUUCAACGUCUCAUCAGGUAUGAUGCAGUGUGUGAUCUGUGUUGGUGAUAAAAUCUUCAAUGUCUUCCUACAAAUGAUGGCUGAGAAGGUAGGCGUGCUCUUAAUCACACAUGCUGCUUUGGUUAUGCUUUAUUUUACCUCCCUGUUUAAAGUGGUAUUUACAUGGUAUUUACUAAGAAAUUGAUACUUUCUGGUACUUACCUCAAAUAAUUUAACACCAUUGGUAACAGGUACCAAAUGGUACAAACCUACGCUUGUGCCAAUGAAUCUCAAAGAAACUACAUUUUUAUUGAUUGAAAACUCUCUCAGCCCAAGACCAAAGAACACGAGGAGGAGUUGGAACGUCACGCCCAGUUCUUAUUGGUCAACUUUAACCACACCCACAAGAGGAUCCGCCGAGUGGCCGAUAAAUACCUCUCUGGAUUGGCUGAAACGUAAGUAGGGCUCACUUAACUUCCUACAUAUACAGUUGAAGUCGGAAGUUUACAUACACUUAGAUUGGAGUCAUUAAAACUCGUUUUUCAACCACUCCACAAAUAUCUUGUUAACAAACUAUAGUUUAGGGAAGUCGGUUAGGACAUCUACUUUGUGCAUGACAAAAGUAAUUUUUCCAACAAUUGUUUACAGACAGAUUAUUUCACUUAUAAUUCACUGUAUCACAAUUCCAGUGGGUCAGAAGUUUACAUACACUAAGUUGACUGUGCCUUUAAACAGCUUGGAACAUUCCAGAAAAUGAUGUCAUGGCUUUAGAAGCUUCUGAUAGGCUAAUUGACAUAAUUUGAGUCAAUUGGAGGUGUACCUGUGGAUGUAUUUCAAGGCCUACCUUCAAACUCAGUGCCUCUUUGCUGUUUGGCCAUAAUGACCAUUGUUAUGUUUGGAGGAAAAAGGGGUAUGCUUGCAAGCCGAAGAACACCAACCCAACCGUGAAGCACGGGGGUAGCAGCAUCAUGCUGUGGGGGUGCGUUGCUGCAGGAGGGACUGGUGCACUUCGCAAAAUAGAUGGCAUCAUGAGGAAGAAAAAUAAUGUGGAUAUAUUGAAGCAACAUCUCAAGACAUCAGUCAGGAAAUUAAAGCUUGGUUGCAAAUGGGUCUUCCAAAUGGACAAUGACCCCAAGCAUACUUCCAAAGUUGUGGCAAAAUGGCUUAAGGACAACAAAGUCAAGGUAUUGGAGUGGCCAUCACAAAGCCCUGACCUCAAUCCUAUAGAACAUUUGUGGGCAGAACUGAAAAAGCGUGUGCGAGCAAGGAGGCCUAUAAACCUGACUCAGUUACACCAGCUCUGUCAGGAGGAAUGGGCCAAAAUUCACCCAACUUAUUGUGGAAAGCUUGUGGAAGGCUACCCGGAACGUUUGACCCAAGUUAAACAAUUUAAAGGCAAUGCUAUCAAAUACUAAUUGAGUGUAUGUAAACUUCUGACCCACUGGGAAUGUGAUGAAAGAAAAAAAAACUGAAAGAAAUAAUUCUCUCUACUAUUAUUCUGACAUUUCACAUUCUUAAAAUAAAGUGGUGAUCCUAACUGACCUAAGAUAGGGAAUCUUUACUAGGAUUAAAUGUCAGGAAUUGUGAAAAACAGAGUUUAAAUGUAUUUGGCUAAGGUGUAUGUAAACUUCCGACUUAAACUGUACAUAAGGUACUCUCAUUUCUAAACAUUAAAACAAAUACAAGGUGACCUUCUAUACUGUCGCCUCAUAUAAAACAUUUGAUCUCAAAUCAAAAAUGCUGGAGUAAAGAGCCAAAUUAAGUUUUAGCUUCAAUGUCCAAAAAAAUACCUCUUUCAACCAUACCAGUCUACAAGUCUUACCCUGUGUGCAUAUAGUGUCUCAGAGUAGGAGUGUUGAUCUAGAAUCAGGUCCUCCUAGUCCAUUCAUUCUAAUAAAACAUUUUACAAAUUAUCAGAAAUCAUCACUCAUACUCUGAGAUGCUUUAUGAAUAGGGGCACUGGUCUCCCGUCCAGGUGUCAGCCUGGCCCAACCCUCCUUAGUUUCAGUGAGCCAGUAAAGGGGUAUAGGGUAGGAUGGCUGCUGGACAUAGUCUUAGGUCUACAAUUCCCACUCUUGUUAAAUGCAUUCAAUUAUCGUUCAUUCUCUCAGAUUCCCCCACCUGCUGUGGAGUGGGCGCGUGUUGAAGACCAUGUUGGACAUCCUACAGACUCUCUCUCUGUCUCUCAGUGCUGUAAGUAGUGCCAUGAUCUGGUCAAUGUCUUGGGGAAGGGGGCUAGCGAUUAGUUUCUGUUUUCGUCCCAAAAGGCAACCUAUUCCCUAUAUAGUGCACUAUAUAGGGAAUAGGGUGCCAUUUUGGACUCAUCCUCUGAAGCCCUGUGUUCUCUGUUUGUUCAGGACAUCCAUAAGGACCAGCCGUACUAUGACAUCCCAGACACCCCUCACAGGAUCACUGUCCCAGACACCUACGAGGCCAGAGAGGUAAGACAGCCUAGCCUGCACUGGUGCACUGGGAUAGGGCGAAGUUGCCCCUAGACGCUGAUCUGGGGUCAGUUAUGUAUUUCCCCCCACUAAUGGUUAAGGUUAGGAUUGGGGGAGGGGAAGCUGAUCCUAGAUCUACACCUAGGGGAAAGUUAACCCCGGAGCGCCUGCACUGCUGUUACACUCCACCACCACUCGGCGGAGGCGUUAGCAAUGUCUGAAGCGAGGGGUUGCACUUGGGAAUCAUGGGAUCUACAGUUGUUUAGCUGAAGCUGUAUUCUGACAGACAUGAACUGAUUGAUUGACGGAUGGCAUUAAUUCUUAAUUGUUCUAAUUGCUGUUUGUCAUUAUUUAGUUAGUGUGAUUUGGAAAAAGCUCAAGUAAUGAUAGAGUUAAGGUUUCCAAUGUAUUCAUUUCAUCAUAUCUCUCUCUCUCUCUCUCUCUCUCAGAGCAUAGUGAAAGACUUUGCAGCUCGCUGUGGGGAGAUCCUCAAGGAGGCCAUGAAGUGGGCUUCUUCUGUCACCAAGUCCCACCUACAGGUCAGUCCUUGAUUUUGUCCCAAAUUGGACCCUAUUCCCUAUAAAGAGAACUACUGUUGACCAGGGCCAAAAGUAGUGCACUUCAUAAGGGAUAGGGUGCCAUUUGGGACUCAUUCCUCCUGUGUUCAGCUCCCCACUCCUAGAGCUCACUCCCACCUUCUUUGUAGCUCAGUUGGUAGAGCAUGGCGCUUGUAACGCCAGGGUGGUGGGUUCGAUUACCCGGACUACAUACAGUGGGGAAAAAAAGUAUUUAGUCAGCCACCAAUUGUGCAAGUUCUCCCACUUAAAAAGAUGAGAGGCCUGUAAUUUUCAUCAUAGGUACACGUCAACUAUGUCAGACAAAAUGAGAAUUAUUUUUCCAGAAAAUCACAUUGUAGGAUUUUUAAUGAAUUUAUUUGCAAAUUAUGGUGGAAAAUAAGUAUUUGGUCAAUAACAAAAGUUUCCCAAUCCUUUUUUAUUUUCCCUUUGUUGGCAAUGACACAGGUCAAACGUUUUCUGUAAGUCUUCACAAGGUUUUCACACACUGUUGCUGGUAUUUUGGCCCAUUCCUCCAUGCAGAUCUCCUCUAGAGCAGUGAUGUUUUGGGGCUGUCGCUGGGCAACACAGACUUUCAACUCCCUCCAAAGAUUUUCUAUGGGGUUGAGAUCUGGAGACUGGCUAGGCCACUCCAGGACCUUGAAAUGCUUCACUCCUUCGUUGCCCGGGCGGUGUGUUUGGGAUCAUUGUCAUGCUGAAAGACCCAGCCACGUUUCAUCUUCAAUGCCCUUGCUGAUGGAAGGAGGUUUUCACUCAAAAUCUCACGAUACAUGGCCCCAUUCUUUCCUUUACACGGAUCAGUCGUCAUGGUCCCUUUGCAGAAAAACAGCCCCAAAGCAUGAUGUUUCCACCCCCAUGCUUCACAGUAGGUAUGGUGUUCUUUGGAUGCAACUCAGCAUUCUUUGUCCUCCAAACACGACGAGUUGAGUUUUUACCAAGAAGUUCUAUUUUGGUUUCAUCUGACCAUAUGACAUUCUCCCAAUCCUCUUCUGGAUCAUCCAAAUGCACUCUAGCAAACUUCAGACGGGCCUGGACAUGUACUUGCUUAAGCAGGGGGACACGUCUGGCACUGCAGGAUUUUAGUCCCUGGCGGCAUAGUGUGUUACUGAUGGUAGGCUUUGUUACUUUGGUCCCAGCUCUCUGCAGGUCAUUCACUAGGUCCCCCCGUGUGGUUCUGGGAUUUUUGCUCACCAUUCUUGUGAUCAUUUUGACCCCACGGGGUGAGAUCUUGCGUGGAGCCCCAGAUCGAGGGAGAUUAUCAGUGGUCUUGCAUGUCUUCCAUUUCCUAAUAAUUGCUCCCACAGUUGAUUUCUUCAAACCAAGCUGCUUGCCUAUUGCAGAUUCAGUCUUCCCAGCCUGGUGCAGGUCUACAAUUUUGUUUCUGGUGUCCUUUGACAGCUCUUUGGUCUUGGCCAUAGUGGAGUUUGGAGUGUGACUGUUUGAGGUUGUGGACAGGUGUCUUUUAUACUGAUAACAAGUUCAAACAGGUGCCAUUAAUACAGGUAACGAGUGGAGGACAGAGGAGCCUCUUAAAGAAGAAGUUACAGGUCUGUGAGAGCCAGAAAUCUUGCUUGUUUGUAGGUGACCAAAUACUUAUUUUCCACCAUAAUUUGCAAAUAAAUUCAUAAAAAAUCCUACAAUGUGAUUUUCUGGAAUUUUUUUUCUCAAUUUGUCUGUCAUAGUUGACGUGUACCUAUGAUGAAAAUUACAGGCCUCUCUCAUCUUUUUAAGUGGGAGAACUUGCACAAUUGGUGGCUCACUAAAUACUUUUUUCCCCCACUGUAUAUGUAAAAUUUAUGCACACAUGACUGUAAGUUACUUUGGAUAAAAGUGUCUGCUAAAUGGCAUAUAUUAUUAUUAUUAUUAUUAUUAUUAUUAUUAUUAUUAUUAUUAUUAUUAUAUUACUCAUUGGAAUGCUUCUAUGGAAUAAUUUAUGUCCAUAACACAGUACUCUCCAACAGGCAAACAAAGGCAUAUUCUAUCAUCUGGACUGUGCAAAUUCACUGUGCAAUAUGUGUGUAUCUUUAUAUCUGUUUGUUUACUAUAUAUUUUAACAUCUUAUCAGACCUGCUCCAGCUUAAAUAAAAAAAUGUUUUUUUAAUGGUGAACGAGCGUUACUCCUUUUCAAUGAUGAUCACAAUUUUUAUUUUUUUGGUUGGACCUUGACUCACAUCUUAUCCGACUUGCCACCACUGAAAUUCCCUCUGGGGAAAAUAAAGCUAUUCUAUUCCAUCUCCAGGAGUACCUGAACAAGCACCAAAACUGGAUAUCAGGUCUUUCCCAGCACACUGGCCUGGCUAUGGCCACUGAGAGCAUACUGGACUUUGCUGGCUACAACAGAGAGAGCACAUCACUGGGGGUGAGACACACAGAAACACACCAACAGAGGCGUCAUGCCCGUAGGGGGCAUGUGCCCCCUCAGAUUUGUCCUGUUAACAUUUUUGUUUUUUCUCUGUAAUACUACACUUAACAAUUUUAUGACGUUGGCUUUAGCUAGCCCAGAUCGGUUCCCAAUCUCCCAACCUCAUAACUAGCUACCAAGAAGCCAUUUCAGGCUAUCAAUCAAGUUAGAGUAGCUAGCUUGUCUAACUAUCUUAGCUGGCAUGCCUGCUGGCAAGGUUGGUAGACUUUAGAAAAUCAAGCCAUAACUAAAUGUACUGAAUAAGACUCACAUUCCUUUCAUUCUUUUACCAGAUUUUAGCAGAGAAGCAUAUUUAGUUUCUUUAAAAAAAGAAACACCAGUCAGAAGGAUACAGACAGCUCAAGAGGUAUGCUUAGAUAUAAAAAAUAUUACACUUUUUUUGACAGAAUUAAGCAGAAUGAUUAUGGCUCUCGAUUGCAGGAAAAAAAUGUUUCAGGUGUUUGAAAAAUUCAAAAUUCUCCAACUCAGAUUUUUGGGGCUGGGGGGUUACGUUCCCCAGCAAGAAAAAAAACAUUGUCGCUCAAACAGAAAGGGGAACUAACAAAGUCACUAACAACAACAAAAACAAAACAGGUGGGGUGCAACAACAACUGGAACCUAAAAGACACCCACUGUGAUCGCCAACUAAAUUUGCCCAAGAAAAGGCAAACAAAAUAAAAAACAACACCAAACUUAGACAGGAAGCAAACCAAAAAGUGGAGCAAAACAGAAACAGGGAAGUUCAGAUAAAGGAUUGUUUAAAAAAAUAUAUAUACUACAUUUUUUGUUGGACAAGUAUGCCCACAACCAACAGAAAACAACUUUCAUCACAACAUGAUCAACUUAAAUGCGUCGCUACUUAAAUGCUUUGCCUCCUCCAAUAUAAACAUGGCAUCUACUGGCUGCAUGACGCCUCCACACAUCCCCCCCCCCCCCCCCCCCCCCCCCCCCCCCCACCUGUCUGUGGCUGCUGCUGGUUAUGAUGCUGCUGGCUGCUGCUGGUCUGUAAACGUUAGACUGCAGAGACUGUCCAACAGCAGCUGAAGGUAAGUGCGGGGCUAGAAGUAGAUGACCAAUGAAAUUAUAGCUAGGAGUAGACGACCAAUGAAAAAGAAAGCACCUAAACAGACAUGAUCCAAUUAAUCAAUCAACUGUUUUAGUGAUAACAGUAGCUUAACUUUAUAUUAUGUUCAGAUUAACACUCAUAACAUGUACUGAACAUGUUAGACAAUGUGAUCUUUGCAACGGCCAAAGCCAGUUUUUUGUAAUUUAACACAAAUAACUGAGAUAUGAGUGUAACUAGACUGAUAGUUUAAAACGCAGUGUCAUAAAACCAGUUAUUCUUGAAUAUGAAAGUUAAAGGUUAAUAUGAUCUUUGGGUUUGGUUUGAGUCAAGAUUCCCAUGCUUUACUAACAUUCCCCCAAUGUUGCCAUAUUGUCGUUUUGUAAAAUGUCCCUUAUACACUGAACAAAAAUAUAAAGGCAACAUGCAACAAUUUCUAAGAUUUUACUGAGUUACAGUUCAUAUGGAAAUCAGUCAGUUGAAAUAAUUCAUUAGGCCCUCAUCUAUGGAUUUCACGAUUGGGAAUACAGAUAUGUAUAUGUAGGUCACAGAUACCUUAAACCAAAAAAAAUACCCAAAAAAUGUAGGGGUGUAGAUCAGAAAACCAGUCAGUAUCUGGUGUGACCACCAUUUGCCUCAUGCAGCGUGACACAUCUCCUUCGCAUAGCAUUGAUCAGGCUGUUGAUUGUGGCCUGUGGAAUGUUGUCCCACUCCUCUUCAAUGGCUGUGCGAAGUUGCUGGAUAUUGGCGGGAACUGGAACACGCUGUCAUACACGUCGAUCCAGAGAAUCUCAAACAUGCUCAAUGGGUGACAUGUCUGGUGAGUAUGCAGGCCAUGGAAGAAUUGGGACAUUUUUAGCUUCCAGGAAUUUUGUACAGAUCCUUGCGAAAUGGGGCCGUGCAUUAUCAUGCUGAAACAUGAGGUGAUGGCGGCAGAUGAAUGGCAUGACAAUGGGCCUCAGGAUCUCAUCACGGUAUCUCUGUGCAUUCAAAUUGCCAUCGAUAAAAUGCAAUUGUGUUCAUUGUCUGUAGCUUAUGCCUGCCCAUACCAUAACCCCACCGUCACCAUGGGGCACUCCGUUCACAACGUUGACAUCAGCAAACCGCUUGCCCACACGUCUGCCAUCUGCCCGGUACAGUUGAAACCGGGAUUCAUCCGUGAAGAGCACACUUCUCCAGUGGCCAUCGAAGGUGAGCAUUUGCCCACUGAAGUCGGUUACGACGCCGAACUGCAGUCUCGUCAAGACCCUGGUGAGGACGACGAGCACGCAGGUGAGCUUCCCUGAGACGGUUACUGACAGUUUGUGCAGAAAUUCUUCAGUUGUGCACACCCACAGUUUCAUCAGCUGUCUGGGUGGCUGGUCUCAGAUGAUCCCCCGGUGAAGAAGCCAGAUGUGGAGGUCCUGGGCUGGCAUGGUUACAUGUGGUCUGCAGUUGGGAGGCCAGUUGAAUGUGCUGGCAAAUUCUCUAAAACGAAUUUGGAUAAGGCUUAUGGUUGAGAAAUUAACAUUCAAUUCUCUGGCCACAGCUCUGGUGGACAUUCCUGCAGUCAGCAUGCCAAUUGCACGCUCCCUUAACUUCAGACAUCUGUGGCAUUGGGUUGUGUGACAAAACUGCACAUUUUAGAAUGGCCUUUUAUUGUCCCCAACACAAGGUGCACCCGUGUAAUGAUCAUGCUGUUUAAUCAUCAUCUUGAUAUGUCAUACCUGUCAGGUGGAUGGAUUAUCUUGGCAAAGGAGAAAUGCUCACUAACAGGGAUGUAAACAAAUUUGUUCACAACAUUUUAGAGAAAUAAGCUUUAUGUGCAUAUGAAACAUUUUGGGGAUCUUUUAUUUCAGCUCCUGAAACAUUGGACCAACACUUUACAUGUUGCGUUUAUAUUUUUGUUUAGUAGAGUUGCUUUGUUAAUGCCGUGCAUUAAAGCUGCAAUAUCUAACUUUUUGGGCGACCUGAUCAAAUUCACAUGGAAAUGUAAGUUAUAUAUCUGUCAUUCUCAUUGAAAGCAAGUUCAUUUUUGCAUCUUUUACUUUAGUUUUUGUACAUCAGCUUCAAACAUCUGAAAAUACAAUAUUUUUGGUUAUGGAAAAUAUUUUUCACAGCGGUUUAGAUUGUACAAUGAUUCUCUACACUAUACUUGCUUGUUUUGUCACAUAUAAACUGAUAUUAGGCGAACUAUUAGAUUUUUAGCAACCAGGAAAUGGCAGAGCGAUUUCUACAUAGAGGUUAACAUAUCAAUGUGCUUUUUGCAUGAUGUAUGUACUGUACAUGAUGCACAGCAUGCACUGGAAUUUGUUGUGUUUAUGUACGUCGGUGUGUGCACAUACAGUGCAUUCGGAAAGUAUUCAGACCCCUUCCCAUUUUCCACAUUUUGUUACGUUACAGCCUUAUUCUAAAAUGGAUUCAAUAAAUAAAAAGCCACAAUAAUGACAAAGUGAAAACAGGUUGUAAAUUGUUUUUUGCAAAUGUAUUAAAAAUAAAAAACUGAAACCUUAUUUACAUAAGUAUUCAAACCCUUUGCUAUGAGACUCGAAAUUGAGCUCAGGGUCAUCCUGUUUCCGUUGAUCAUCCUUGAUGUUUCUACAACUUGAUUGGAGUCCACCUGUGGUAAAUUUGAUUCAUUGGACAUGAUUUGGAAAGGCACACACCUGUCUAUAUAAGGUCCCACAGAUGACAGUGCAUGUCAGAGAAAAAACCAAGACAUGAGGUUGAAGGAAUUGUCCGUAGAGCUCCGAGACAGGAUUGUAUCGAGGCACAGGGGAAGGGUACCAAAACAAUUCUGCAGCAUUGAAGGUCCCUGAGAACACAGUGGCCUCCUUCAUUCUUAAAUGGAAGAAGUUUGGAACCGCCAAGACUCUUCCUAGAGCUGGCCGUCUGGCCAAACUGAGCAAUCGUGGGAGAAGGGCCUUGGUCAGGGAGGUGACCAAGAACCCAAUGGUCACUCUGACAGAGCUCCAGAGUUCCUCUGCGGACAUGGGAGAACCUUCCAGAAGGAAGGUUCUCCCAUCUCUACAGCACUCCACCAAUCAGGCCUUUAUGGUAGAGCGGCCAGACCGAAGCCAAAAAUAGCUGUGCUACGACGCUCCCCAUCCAACCUGACCGAGCUUGAGAGGAUCUGCAGAGAAGAAUGGGAGAAACUCCCCAAAUACAGGUGUGCCAAGCUUGUAGCAACAUAUCCAAGAAGACUUUAGGCUGUAAUCGCUGCCAAAGGUGCUUCAACAAAGUACUGAAUAAAUGGUCUGAAUACUUAUGUCAAUGUCAUAUUUCAGUUUUUUAUAUAUAUAUAUUUGGAAACAUUUCUAAAAACCUGUUUCUACUUUGUCAUUAUGGGGUAUUGUGUGUAGAUUGACGAGGGAAAAAAACGAUUGAAUCAAUUUUAGAAUAAGGCUGUAACGUAACAAAAUGAGGAAAAAGUCAAGGGGUCUGAAUACUUUCCGAAUGCACUGUAUGUGUGUGCGCAUGCAUGCAUGUGCAUCAGCGCGCACAUGCCAGCGUUUUUGCGUGCUUAUUCUUGUGUUUGCGAAUGGAUUUUUGCUUCAUUUUGCUUUGUUUUGUCCACCUUCUCACUCCCAUUGCCCUCGCUUGCCUGCCUGUUUGCUUGCCUGCCUCCCUACCUACACCUGUACUGGGCUACCUGGUUGCCUGGUUAACGGAUUGACCGACUGGUUGGUUGGGCUGUUCUGGUCUAGCCUGCUAACUGAUUGUCCUUGCUGCUGUUCCUUUCUUCAGGCUGGUUUCCCCCAGGUUGGACUGAAAGGGGCUCCACAUGCUUCAGACCAGAGACUGUUAGGCUCCCACAACUCAUUCUCACGUUCCGUAUUUCUCUCUCUCUCUCCUCCCCCCCAUGUCCCUGUCUGCCUAGAAAUGAACUAACAAACCGACCCCCUACCUGGUUUCUCCCCUACAGACGAUCCAGCUGACUGAGAGACCAGCGUGUGUGAAGAAGGACUACUCCAAUUUCAUGUCCUCCCUCAACCUGAGGAAUCGCUACACUGGAGAGGUGUGUGUUUACGUGCGUGUGGGCAUGCAGCAGGAUGAUCGCAAAUAAUAUAUGAGGGUCCUUUUUGAUUGUGGAUCCAAUAAAAAUGCAGGUGUAUGCUUCUGUGUGUCUGUAUGUUUGUGUAGGUGGCAGGUAUGAUCCAGUUCGCCGAGGCGACCCACAGCCAGUCAGACCUGAGCAAACUGAUGGUGAAACAGAUGACAGACGCCCUUUCCUCCAAAGUCCCAGAAUCCUUCUCUCAGGCCAUGUUCAAAAUGUCUGCCUUGCUCAUCAGUCACAAAGGUAAAGACUGAGGAACACACACGUAUACAUUAGCAUCCGGGUCGUCUGACACAGCUGAAGCCUACUGUAGGUGUUACGUUAGCUCUGAAAGUGUUGUUUCUCUGCUCUACAAGAACUGAACCUCUGAACAGUUUUAAGAUGCUUAUACAUGUAGGGCCGGUUUCCCAGACACAGAUGAAGUCUAGUCCUGGACUAUAAAGCUCAAUGUUCAAUAAAGAUUCUCAGUUGAAAGUGCUCCAGGACUAGGCUUAAUAUGUGUCCGGGAAAACCGCCCCAUAGUCUCUUAUUUUCUCCCUUGUUCGUGCCUCUGACUCUCUUUCCUUAUCAGUCUCCCUUUUUGCCUUUCUCUCUCCCUCCACCUCUCUCUCCCCUACCUUUCUCUGUAGACUAUGACCCCCAGCUCCUGCACCACCUGUGCUGGUCUCCCCUGAAGAUGUUCACAGAGCAUGGGAUGGAGACUGCCAUCGCCUGCUGGGAGUGGUUCCUCGCCGCACGCAACGGACUGGAAGUCCCGGUACGUGUGUGUGUGUGUGUGUACGUGUGUGUGUACUUGUGUGUGUGUGUGUGUGUGUGUGUGUGUGUGUGUGUGUGUGCUUGCAUGCUCAGUACGAGUGUGUACCUCAUGUCUCUCUCUGUAGUUUAUGCGCGAGAUGGCCGGGGCGUGGCAGAUGACAGUGGAGCUGAAGAUGGGCUUGUUCGGAGAGGCCCAGGUGGAGGCUGACCCGCUGGCUGCCUCAGAGGAGAGCCAGCCCAUCCCCUGUCCCCCCAUCGUCACCCCACACAUUCUAUGGAUAGAGGUCAGUGCCACUGGAGAUUCUCAGGGUGCCUUUUUGUGGCUGAUACUGGAAGCAAACGGACUGAAACUGGGAGGGACUAGCUGAACAUGUCCAAUAAGACAAUUUCAUUUUCUUUGAGUAAUGUUUUACGUUGCAAAACGUUUUGUUACGGUUUGCUACGGUGUGCACUAAUGUAUACACCCCUGCUCCUGUCCUUGUCUAGUUCCUGGUGCAGAGGUUUGAGAUCGCCAAGUACUGCAGUGCCGACCAGGUGGAGAUCUUCACCACUGUCCUGCAGAGGUCGCUAUCGCUCAGUGUCGGAGGGGCCAAGAACAGUCUCAACCGCCACGUAGCGGCCAUAGGACCCCGAUACAGGUUAACACACACAUGCAUGCACGCACGGACGCACACUACUACUACUGCUACAGUGCACAUUUCAUCUACACACAAAAUAACUCCCUCUACCACUCUCUCUUCAGGUUGUUGACUCUAGGUCUAAGUAUCCUACAUGCGGACGUGGUCACUAAUGCCACCAUUAGAAAUGUCCUCCGAGAGAAGAUCUACUCCACCGCAUUCGACUACUUCAGGUACACACACACACACACACACACACACACACACACACACAACCAGUACCUUGUACAGAGUAAGAUGCAGUGUGAGUAAAUUCCACUAGAUGGCGGUGCAGGUCCACCAAACUCCUGAUUAAUUUACUAAAGUUACCGGAAACUUCUGUAAUUUUUGUAAUUAACAGAAAUCUAUGGCAAUCUAUCGUAACUUUGGCAAUCUAUCGUAACCUUGGUCAUUUAUACUUAAAAAAUAAAAAAUGUGUGCUAAUAUUACCUCAAAAGUCAUAUUAAUCAAAAAAUAACUAUUGACCAUGCCAAAAGAGUUGAAAAGGAAAGUUUUGAGUGAGGAAAAGAAGGGUUCAAUUCUGGCUUUACUGGCAGAGGGAUACAGUGAGCGUCAGGUUGCUUCCAUCCUUAAAAUUUCAAAGACGGCGGUUCAUAAGAACAAGGUCAAGCAGCAGACAAUGGGGACAACAAAGCUACAGACCGGCAGAGGGCGAAAACGACUCUCUACUGACCGGGAUGACCGCCAACUCAUUCGAAUGUCACUCAACAACCAUAGGAUGACAUCAAGUGACCUACAAAAAUAAUGACAAACGGCAGCUGGGAUGAAGUGCACGGCAAGGACGGUUCGAAACAGGCUCCUAGGGGCAGGGCUGAAGUCGUGCAAAGCUAGAAAAAAGCCCUUCAUCAAUGAGAAGCAAAGAAGAGCCAGGCUGAGGUUUGCAAAAGACCAUAAGUAUUGGACCGUAGAGGACUGGAGUAAGGUCAUCUUCUCUGAUGAGUCCAAUUUUCAGCUUUGCCCAACACCUGGUCAUCUAAUGGUUAGACGGAGACCUGGAGAGGCCUACAAGCCACAGUGUCUCGCACCCACUGUGAAAUUUGGUGGAGGAUCAGUGAUGAUCUGGGGGUGCUUCAGCAAGGCUGGAAUCGGGCAGAUUUGUCUUUGUGAAGGACGCAUGAAUCAAGCCACGUACAAGGUUGUCCUGGAAGAAAACUUGCUUCCUUUUGCUCUGAUAUUGUUCCCCAACUCUGAGGAUUGGUUUUUCCAGCAGGACAAUGCGCCAUGCCACACAGCCAGGUCAAUCAAGGUGUGGAUGGAGGACUACCAGAUCAAGACCCUGUCAUGGCCAGCCCAAUCUCCAGACCUGAACCCCAUUGAAAACUUCUGGAAUGUGAUCAAGAGGAAGAUGGAUGGUCACAAGCCAUCAAACAAAGCUGAGCUGCUUGACUUUUUGCGCCAGGAGUGGCAUAAAGUCACCCAACAUCAAUGUGAAAGACUGGUGGAGAGCAUGCCAAGACGCAUGAAAGCUGUGAUUGAAAAUCAGGGUUAUUACACCAAAUAUUGAUUUCUGAACUCUUCCUAAGUUAAAACAUUACUAUUACUAUUGUGUUGUUUAAAAAUGAACAUGAACUUAUUUUCUUUGCAUUAUUCGAGGUCUGACAACACUGCAUCUUUUUUGUUAUUUUGACCAGUUGUCAUUUUCUGCAAAUAAAUGAUCUAAAUGACAAUAUUUUUAUUUGGAAUUUGGGAGUACUGUUGUCAGUAGUUUAUAGAAUAAAACAAAAAUGUUAUUUUUACCCAAACACAUACCUAUAAAUAGUAAAACCAGAGAAACUGAUAAUUUUGCAGUGGUCUCUUAAUUUUUUCCACAGCUGUGUGAUAUAUAUAUAUAUAUAUAUAGUUGAAGUCGGAAGUUUACAUACACUUAGGUUGGAGUCAUUAAAACUCGUUUUUCAACCACUCCACAAAUUUCUUGUUAACAAACUACAGUUUUGUCAAGUUGGUUAGUACAUCUACUUUUUGCAUGACACAAGUCAUUUAUCCAACAAUUGUUUACAGACAGAUUAUUUCACUUAUAAUUCACUGUAUCACAAUUCCAGUGGGUCAGAAGUUUACAUACACUAAGUUGACUGUGCCUUUAAACAGCUUGGAAAAUUCCAGAAAAAUGAUGUCAUGGCUUUAGAAGGUUCUGAUAGGCUAAUUGACAUCAUUUGAGUCAAUCAGAGGUGUACCUGUGGAUGUAUUUCAAGGCCUCCCUCAGUGCCUCUUUGCUUGACAUCAUGGGAAAAUCAAAAGAAAUCAGCCAAGACCUUAGAAAAAGUGUUUUGUAGACCUCCAGAAGUCUGGUUCAUCCUUGGGAGCAAUUUCCAAACGCCUGAAGGUACCACGUUCAUCUGUACAAACAAUAGUAUGCAAGUAUAAACACCAUGGGGCCACGCAGCCGUCAUACCGCUCAGGAAGGAGACGCUUUCUGUCUCCUAGAGAUGAACGUACUUUGGUGCGAAAAGUGUAAAUCAAUCCCAGAACAACAGCAAAGGACCUUGUGAAGAUGCUAGAGGAAACAGGUACAAAAGUUUCUAUAUCCACAGUAAAACAAGUCCUAUAUCGACAUAACCUGAAAGGCCGCUCAGCAAGGAAGAAGCCACUGCUCCAAAACUGCCAUAAAAAAGCCAGAAUACUGUUUGCAACUGCACAUGGGGACAAAGAUUGUACCUUUUGGAGAAAUGUCCUCUGGUCUGAUUAAACAAUAAUAGAACUGUUUGGCCAUAAUGACCAUCGUUAUGUUUGGAGGAAAAAGGGGGUUGAUUGCAAGCCGAACAACACCAUCCCAACCGUGAAGCACGAGGGUGGCAGCAUCAUGCUGUGGGGGUGCUUUGCUGCAGGAGGUACUGGUGCACUUCACUAAAUAGAUGGCAUCAUGAGGAAGGAAAAUGAUGUGGAUAUAUUGAAGCAACAUCUCAAGACAUCAGUCAGGAAGUUAAAGCUUGGUCGCAAAUGGGUCUUCCAAAUGGACAGUGACCCCAGGCAUACUUCCAAAGUUGUGGCAAAAUGGCUUAAGGACAACAAAGUGGCCAUCUCAAAGCCCUGACCUCAAUCCUAUAGAACAUUUGUGGGCAGAACUGAAAAAGCGUGUGCGAGCAAGGAGGCCUACAAACCUGACUCAGUUGCUCCAGCUCUGUCAGGAAGAAUGGGCCAAAAUUCAUCCAACUUAUUGUGGGAAGCUUGUGUAAGGCUACCCGGAACGUAUAACCCAAGUUAAACAAUUUAAAGGCAAUGCUACCAAAUAUUAAUUGAGUGUAUGUAAACCUCUGACCCACUGGGAAUGUGAUGAAAGAAAUAAAAGCUGAAAUAAAUAAUUAUCUCUAUUAUUCUGACAUUUCACAUUCUUAAAAUAAAGUGGUGAUCCUAACUGACCUAAAACAGGAAAUUUAAUUAAUUAAUUAAAUGUCAGGAAUUGUGAAAAACUGAGUUUAAAUGUAUUUGGCUAAGGUGUAUGUAAACUUCCGACUUCAACUGUGUAUAAUAUAUAUAUAUAUAUAUAUAUAUAUAUAUAUAUAUAUAUAUAUAUAUAUAUAUAUAUAUAUAUAUAUAUAGUAUUAAUUUGUUAUAUCUGUGUCCAUAUUGUCCAUUACUUUCUAGUCGAUAAACCAUAUGGUUAAAGAGAAAAUAGCCUAAUUAAUAAAAAAAGAUUCAGCAAAGGCAUUAUUUUCAAUUAACUCUGCAACUCUUCCAACUAAUGACUUCUUUCACAACUGCCACCAGUUUGACGCCAAAGCGUCUCAGAGUAGAAGUGCUGAUCUAGGAUCAGGUUCCCUCUGUCUAUACAAUGUUAUUCAUUGUAAUCUAAAAGGCUAAACGGAUCCUAGAUCAACACUUCUACUCUGAGACGCUUUAAGAAUACGGGCCCUGGAGUACUGUAUCCCCAUCAGAAAAUAAGAGCAAAGCAAAAAAUGAAAUCAUUAUAAUUUCACUGAAAACGUGUACUUUGUCAUUUUGUGUGACAGCAUUCUGUGUAAUGUCAUGAGCAAGUACGGCCACUAACCGGGCCUCUCUCUCUGUCUCCUCAGCGUUGCUCCUAAGUUCCCCACCCAGACAGAGAAGAGACUGAGGGAGGACAUCAGUAUCAUGAUCAAGUUCUAUGCCAGUCUGCUGUCGGACAAAAAGUAUAUUGCUGCCACCCAGCUGGUGCCUCCAGGUAUGCCCACUUUCCCCUUAAAGGCGGAGGCUGCGUCCCAAAUGGCACCAUAUUUCGUAUCAAAAGUAGUGCACUAUAUAAGAGAAUAGGGUACCAUUUGAGUCUCAGCUACAGGUUCAGUUCAGAGAAGCCUAAGCACUGUUACAAUGCUUACUGUUUCCCCUACCAUUACUCAUUGGUAUCCACAAUGUCUACGGAUGGCACUGUAAUAUUCUAUUUCAUGCUUCCUGUGCCCAGACCCCCAGGACAUGUCUGUGAACAGUCUCUCUGUUGCCAUGGUGACAGACAGCCGGAGCAGUCUAGAUGCCGCAGUAGGCCAGAGACAGCAGGCGGCUCAGGGCUGGAUCAACACAUACCCACUGUCUUCUGGCAUGUCCACCAUAUCCAAGAAAUCAGGUAACACAGACACGCACCACACACAUCUCAACUUCCAAUUAACUGACUCACUGCUAUACACAGGCCGCAUGAAAUCUGGUAGGGCAGCAAAACAACACCCAGACCCCUGACUGUGUGAUUUCCUUUUGUUCCAGGACUGUCUAAGAAGAGCAAUAGAGGGUCACAGCUGCACAAGUACUACAUGAAGAGGAGGACCCUGCUACUGGCCCUGCUGGUAACUAACACCUUUCUUUUUUGCUCUAACACUCACACUAGUCUUUUCUUACUAGCUCUGGGUUUUGCUGAUAGCUACUUUAUUGAGGAAAGUUUUCACUUACAAUGACUGUGAUAUGUAGUUGUCUUACCUAGCUUAGUUGAAUGCACUGACUAAGUCGCUCUGGAUAAAUGACCUAAAUGUAAAUGUGGUAGCACUUCUUUAAUCUUAACUCCCCCCCCACACUUCCAUUUUGUACAAUGAAAGUACUGCCAAUAUGGUGCCUUUCUUUCGCUCUCUCUAGGCCAGUGAGAUCGAACGGUUGACUACAUGGUACAACCCUCUGUCCACGCCGGAGUUGGCCAUCGCUACAGAACAGUCCGUGGAGACCAGCAUCGCCAACUGGAGGUCCAAGUACAUCAGCCUGAGUCAGAAACAAUGGAAAGACCAUGUCAACCUGGCCUGGAGUAUAGCUCCUUAUCUGGCCCUGCAGCUGCCUGCAAGGUACACACGCACAUACACACACACACACACAUGCAGGCAUGCACGUACGUGUGCUCAAACACACAAUAUACACACUGAAAUAUAUUCUAUUCUCUAUGGUUUGUUCUUUCUCAUUUGAUCAUCUUUUACCCUGGAUGUGGGUAUGCUGUGAUAUGGCUGUAUGUCUUUUUAGAUGUUAAAAUGUAAUCUAUCUACGGAUGCAUCAGGUUUAAGAACACUGAGGCCAUUGUGGCGGAGGUGACUCGUCUGGUGCGUUUGGACCCAGCGGCUGUGUGUGACGUACCUGAGGCCGUCAAGGUGAGAGAGCGAGACCUCGUGCCUGAGACCAUCCAAUAGCCCCUCUCAGGCUGCACUUACUACACUUGGUUCAGUUGAUUUAUGUGCACAUAGAAACAUUCAAGACUGAGGAGACUAGGAAGUGUGCACUAGGCCAUGUGCUCAGCUCUCUAGACUGGCACUUACACAUAAUCUUCUCCCUUCAGAUCUGCAAACAGUGAAGAAGUAGAAGCCAAGGUCAGGAGUAAGGCUAGGGUGUAGGGCACAACAAAUCCUAACAAACCUGAUUGAGCUACAGGCUUGAUGAUGAGUUAAUUAGUUGAAUCAAGUGUCUUAGUGCUAGGGCAAAAACUGAAAUGUGCACCCCAAUAGGUCCCUAGGACCGGGAUUGGGAAACACUGGUAUAUGGGUUGUUUUGUAGAGUCAUUGUUGAUGUUGAAGUCAAUUCUCCUGUUCAGUCUGUUGUGGUGACUUAGUUCUGCAUGGAUAGACCUUCCUAGUAAACUGCCUAAUGAGCUUGUCUCUGGACUACUGUUAAUAACAGCUCCACCAUUGCCUUAGUGGGGCAGUCAGUCAGUGGAGAGGUGAUGCUCUCUGACAGGCCAUGGCUGUUUGUUCCAGUCCCCUUCCUCUCACUGGUCCUCUGGGGUGUGUGGUGAAGUUGUCCCUAGAUCCUAAUCUAGGGUCAGUUUAGCUUUUUCCCCACUAAUUGUUAAGGUUAGAAUUGUGGGAGGUGAAGCUGAUCCUAGAUCUGUACCUAGGGGAAACUUCAUUCGGGAGUGAUCGUCUGGAGGCGGAGGCUCAUUAGCACCACCACAGCCAGGGGGAUUGGGCAACUUUGUGCCUUUUGAAGUUUGGUCGGCAAAACAAUGGUGCAAUAAUAUCACUUUCAAUUUAUGAUAACUAGGAAGUUGUAGGGGUGACACAGCAAGCAUAGGAUAACACAGAGGGUAAAUGUGUGGAUUUACAGUAGUAACCCACUCAUUCACUUCUCCAGACCCAGAUCUCCUCUUCUGAGACAUAGCUAUUUCAAUGGAGAUUCUCUUUAAUCUGUGUCUGUUAAACAAGUCCCAAAAAUGUGUAUUAUAAUAAUAAUAAUAACUUUGUUUUUAUAGCGCUUUUCAAUACAAGUAACAAAGUGCUUCACAUCAUAAAAUAAUAAAAUAAAGGUACUAACAAAGAAACAACAACAAGAUGAAGGAGAAAUGAAAAAAAGAGAUGGCAAAUUAAAAUCAUACAUUGAAAUCAUACAUAAAAAACGUAUCUAUAAAAGUGUGUCUUCAGCAGGGGUUUAAAAAGAGGCACUGAAUCUGCAAGCCUGAUCGACCUCUGGCAGACCAUUCCAAAGUCUAGGGGCCCUAAUGGCAAAUGCCCAGUCUUCUUUCGUUUUCAACCUAGACUUUGGAAUGGUCAGCAGUGCCCUGCUAAAAGAUCUGAGAUAUAGGAUGGGCCUAAACCUUAAACGUGAUCUAUCUUAUGUCUAAAUUCAUCGGGUGAACAAACAGUGCCUUCAGAAAGUAUACACACCCCUUGACUUUUUCCACUUUUUGUUGUGUUACAGCCUGCAUUUAAAAUGGAUUAAAUUGAGUUGUUGAAUUAUAGUAUGUUUUUCAAAAUUUUUACAAAUUAAUUAAAAAUGAAAAGCUGAAAUGUCUUGAGUCAAUAAGUAUUCAACCCCUUUGUUAUGGCAAGCCUAAAUAAGUGAAUUACUAAAAAUGUGCUUAACAAAUCACAUAAUACGUUGCAUGGACUCAGUCACUCUGUGUGCAAUAAUUGUGUUUAACAUAAUGUUUGAAUGACUACCUCAUCUCUAUACCCCACACAUACAAUUGUCUGUAAGCAGUGACAUUUCAAACACAGAUUCAACCGAACCACAAAGACCAGGGAGGUUUUCCAAUGCCUCUAAAACAAGGGUAAAAAAUUAAACGCAGACAUUGAAUAAACUUUGAGCAUGGUGAAGGUAUUAAUUACACUUUGGGUGGUGUAUCAAUACACCCAGUCACUACAAAGAUACAGGCAUCCUUCCUAACUCAGUUGCCGGAGAGGAAGGAGACCGCUCAAGGAUUUCACCAUCAGGCCAAUGGGGACUUUAAAAAAGUUACAUAGUUGAAUGGCUGUGAUAGGAGAGAACUGAGGAUGGAUCAACAACAUUGUAGUUACUUCACAAUACUCCACAAAUAUUCCCAAACAUGCAGCCUGUUUGCAACAAGGCACUAAAGUAAUAAUACAAAUGUGGCAAAGCAAUUCACUUAUUGUCCUGAAUACAAAGUGUUAUGUUUGGGGCAAAUCCAAUACAACACAUUACUGAGUACCGCUCUCCGUAUUUUGUGGUGGCUGCAUCAUGUUAUGGGUAUGCUUGUAAUCUUUAAGAUCUGGGUCGUUUUUCAGGAUAAAAAAUGAACGGAAUGGAGCUAAACACAGGCAAAAUAUUAGAGAAAAACCUGGUUCAGUCUGCUUUCCACCGGACACUGGGAGAUGAAUUCGCCUUUCAGCAGGACAAUAACCUAAAAAAGAAUAAUGGGCAAAUGUUGCACAAUCCAGGUGUGGAAAGCUCUUAGAGAAUUACCCAGAAAGACUCACAGCUGUAAUCGCUGCCAACGGUGCUUCUACAAAGUAUUGACUCAGGUGUGAAUACGUAUGUAAAUGAGAAAUCUCUGUAUUUUAAUUUCAAUACAUUUGCAAAAAUGUCUAACAACAUGUUUUCACUUUGUCAUUUUCGGCUAUUGUGUGUAGAUGGAUGAGAAAAAAAUAUAUUUAAUCAAUUUUGAAUUCAGGCUGUAACACAACAAAAUGUGGAAUAAGUCAAAGGGUACUGUACGUAUAGUAUCAGUCAAAUGUUUGGACACACCUACUCAUUCAAGGGUUUUUCUUUAUUUUUACUAUUUUUUUACAUUGAAGACAUCAACACAAAUAACACAUAUGGAAUCAUAUAGUAACCAAUAACGUGUUUAACAAAUCAAAAUAUGUUUUAUAUUUGAGAUUCUUCAAGUAGCCACCCUUUGCCUUGAUGACAACUUUGCACACUCUUGCCAUUCUCUCAACCAGCUUCACCUGGAAUGCUUUUCCAACAGUCUUGAAGGAGUUCCCACAUAUGCUGAGCACUUGUUGGCUGCUUUUCCUUCACUCUGCCGUCCGUCUCAUCCCAAACCAUCUCAAUUUGGUUGAGGUCGGGGGAUUGUGGAGGCCAGGUCAUCUGAUGCAGCACUCCAUCACUCUCCUUCUUGGUAAAAUAGCCCUUACACAGCCUGGAGGUGUGUUGGGUCAUUGUCCUGUUGAAAAACACUAAGCCCAAACCGAUGGGAUGGCGUAUCGCUGCAGAAUGCUGUGGUAGCCAUGCUGGUUAAGUGUGCCUUGAAUUCUAAAGAAAUCACAGACAGUGUCACCAGCAAAGCACCCCCACACCAUAACACCUCCUCCUCCAUGCUUUACAGUGGGAACUACACAUGCAGAGAUAAUCCGUUCACCCACACCGUGUCUUACAAAGACACGGCGGUUGGAACCAAAAAUCCCAAAUUUGGACUCCAGACCAAAGGACACAUUUCCAUCAGUCUAAUGUCCAUUGCUCGAUUUUCUUGGCCCAAGCAGGUCUCUUCUUAUUAUUGGUGUCCUUUAGUGGUUUCUUUGCAGCAAUUCAACCAUGAAGGCCUGAUUCACACAGUCCCCUCUGAACAGUUGAUGUUGAGAUGUGUCUGUGACUUGAACUCUGUGAAGAAUUUAUUUGGGCUGCAAUUUCUGAGGCUGGUAACUCUAAUGAACUUAUCCUCUGCAGCGGAGGUAACUCUGGGUCUUCCAUUCCUGUGGUGGUCCUCAUGAGAGCCAGUUUCAUCAAAGCGCUUGAUGGUUUUUGCGACUGCACUUGAGGAAAUGUUCAAAGUUCUUCACAUUUUCCGUAUUGACUGACAUUCAUGUCUUAAAGUAAUGAUGGACUGUCAUUUCUUUUUGCUUAUUUGAGCUGUUCUUGCCAUAAUAUGGACUUGGUCUUUUACCAAAUAGUGCUAUCUUCUGUAUACCCCCCUUCCUUGUCACAACACAAUUGAUUGGCUCAAACGCAUUAAGAAGGAAACAAAUUCCACAAAUUAACAGGCAUUAGGUGACUACCUAAUGAAGCUGGUUGAGAGAAUACCAAGUGUGCAAAGCUGUCAUCAAGGCAAAGGGUGGCUACUUUGAAGAUUCUCAAAUAUAAAAUAGAUUUUGAUUUGUUUAACACAAUUUUGGUUACUACAUGAUUCCAUAUGUGUUAUUUCAUAGUUUUGAUGUCUUCACUAUUAUUCUACAAUGUAAAAAAUAGUUUAAAAAAGAAAAACCCUUGAAUGAGUAGGUGUGUCCAAACUUUUGACUGGUAGUGUAUAUAUUGCAUUUGGAUUACUGUUACAGUGCUAUUUGGGUUGUUAAUUAGAUUCGUUCUGACGUUUCUUGAUUUCAUAAUUCUUUAAAAUUAUUUGUGUACUUGAUUGACAUUUUACUGCAUUUAGGAGCUAGUAACAUGAUUAUUUCGCUGCACCUGGUAUAACAUCUGCUAAACUGUGUUAUGCAACCAAUAAACAUUGAUUCGAUUAAUACAAUUUUAAAAUCUAUUCUAAAAGUGACUGGUAGCCAGAAGCUAAAAUAGGUGUGAUAUGGUUACAUUUCCUAGUACUUGUUAAAAGCCGAGCUGCAGCAUUUUGAACAAACUAGACGAUGGAGUGAUUUUUGACUGAGAUAGGUAUACAAAGAGUUACAGUAAUCAAGGCGUGAGGAAAUAAAAGCAUGUAUACGUUUCUCCAGAUCAGUGACUGAUAUGAAAGUCUUGACUUUAGCUAUAUUUCUUACAUGAUAAAAGUAGGACUGACAACCUUUUUUACAUGCAGCUCGAGGUUUAGGUCAGGGUCUUAAUUCACUCUCUCUCUCUGGUGUCCAGUUCCUGGUGACGUGGCACACCAUCGAUGCAGACUCUCCAGAGCUGAGCCAUAUCCUGUGUUGGGCUCCCGUCGACCCCCCGACUGGCCUCUCCUACUUCUCCUCCAUGUACCCCCCGCACCCCCUCACGGCUCAGUAUGGGGUGAAAGUACUGCGCUCCUUUCCCCCGGUACGCAUGCACGAACACACACACACACCAAGUAGGACUGAUCUGUAACAUCAUGGGCCAAAAAGGUGACAGAAAAUGUUGUUGUGCGAUGCAAGGAACCACUUUACAAAAUGAACUCCCUAUAAUGAGAGCUUGAGAGGCGGUUUUACAACAGGAGUUGUUAUUAUUAUACCCAUUCAUCAACUGUGUGUCGUCCAAUGUGAUUAUUAACGAGUGAUGGUGGUUUUUAGGACAUAACAAUGACAUUAAAACAUGCAAAUAGCUAAAUAGUUAACUACAAAAUACACUGUAUGUACAAAAGCAUGUGGACACCCUUUCAAAUUAGUGGAUUCGGCUAUUUCAGCCACACCCGUUGCUGACAGGUGUAUAAAAUUGAGCACACAACCAUGCAAUCUCCAUAGACAAACAUUGGCAGUAGAAUGACCUUUCUGAAGAGCUCAGUGACUUUCAAUGUGGCACCGUCCAUAGGAAGCCACCUUUCCAACAAGUCACUUUGACAAAUUUCUGCCCUGCUACAGCUGCCCCGGUCAACUGUAACUGCUGUUAUUGUGAAGUGGAAACGUCUAGGAGCAACAAUGGCUCAGCCGCAAAGUGGUAGGCCACACAAGCUCACAGCGUAAAAAUGAGGGGUGGGGGGCGCGUAAAAAUCAUCAUUCCUCAGUUGCAACACUCACUACCAAGUUCCAAACUGCCUCUGGAAGCAAUGUCAGCACAAUAACUGUUCGUCAGGAGCUUCAUGAAAUGGGUUUCCAUGGCUGAGCAGCUGCACACAAGCCUAAGAUCACCAUGUGCAAUGACAAGCGUCGGCUGGAGUGGUGUAAAGCUCGCCGCCAUUGGACUCUGGAUCAGUGGAAACGCGUUCUCUGGAGUGAUGAAUCACACUUCACCAUCUGGCAGUCCGACUGACUAAUCUGGGCUUGGCGGAUGCCAGGAGAACGCUACCUGCGCGAAUGUAUAGUGCCAACUGUAUGCAUAGUGCCAACUGAGGAGGAAUAAUGGUCUGGGGCUGUUUUUCAUGGUUCAGGCUAGGCCCCUUAGUUCCAGUGAAGGGAAAUCUUAACGCUACAGCAUACCAUGACAUUCUAGACGAUUCUGUGCUUCCAACUUUGUGGCAGAAGUUUGAGAAAGGCCCUUUCCUGUUUCAGCAUGACAAUGCCCCAGUGCACAAAGCGAGGUCAAUACAGAAAUUGUUUGUCGAGAUUAUAGCAGCAAAGUGGGGACCAACUCCAUAUUAACGCCCAUGAUUUUGGAAUGAGAUGUUUGACGAGCAGGUGUCCACAUACUUUUGGUUUUGUAGUGAAGCUAGCAUGACUGCACUAUAUGUUUUCAAUUGGCUAUCGGGUAAGUAUUUUGUCUAUCAUUAUUUUAGGCUACCCGCUGCAAUCUCUCUCUCUCUCGCACUGACACACACGCAGGCGAUGCACACAUCAUUACUUUUCCAGGAUUUUCAUGACCGUAUGACUGCUCGUGCAUGUCAAUACAAUAGGCUACAAUUCUACUCCGAUGCGCUCUGCAGAAAUUGGGAGAACACCUAUCCAAUUCUGAUCGAGUAAUUGUUUUUGUGUGAUCAUUUUUUACUUGUCCAUUCGGACAACUGAAAUCUGUAUUCUGCUUGCCCAACAUUUUUUUUUACUUGUCCCAUACAAGCGGACAAGGGUUAAUGUCGAGACCUGCACUAUACCCCACCAUCUCACAGCUCAAACUCUCAAACUGCUCUCCUUUCCCCUAUUACACACACACACACACACACACACACACACACACACACACACACAAAAGACAGUUGAUCUGUUAAUCAAUCUCUUCCUUCUUUUUGUCCUUUCAUUUUCAGGAUGCCAUCUUGUUCUACAUUCCUCAAAUAGUUCAAGCCCUCCGCUAUGACAAGGUAAACACACCAGUUGUGUUUGCAUGAGUGUGUGUGCAUGCUUAUGCAUGCAUGCGUUGUGUGUGUAGUUCCAUGUGCGUUACGUUGUGUGUGUGUGUGUGUAUGUUCUAGAUGGGCUAUGUGAGAGAGUACAUCCUGUGGGCGGCUCAGAAGUCUCAGCUGCUGUGUCACCAGUUCAUCUGGAACAUGAAGACAAACAUCUACCUAGACGAGGAGGGACACCAGAAAGACCGUGAGACGUGCACACACACACACACAAAAUACAAAAGAGAAGACAUGGAGGAUUGGGCUGAAUGAAAAGGAAGACAGACACACUUUGUUACAAUGUAAAUAAGCUCUCCUCUGUGUGUGUAGCUGACAUAGAUGGUUGAGGAGAUGACAGGCUCACUGUGUGGUUCAGCCACAAAACACACCAGACACUUUGACAUAAUCUCUCCCUCUUUCUUUCUGUCUCUCUUUGUAGCUGACAUAGGGGAAUUACUCGAACAGAUGGUCGAGGAGAUCACUGGUGCUCUAUCCGGUCCGGCUAAAGACUUUUACCAGAGAGAGUUUGACUUCUUCAACAAGAUCACCAACGUGUCUGCCAUCAUCAAGUAGGCCCCAACACACACCUCCUACACACACACACACAUACACCCUCCUAAACCACAAUUCUAAUGAGUUCCUCUAUAGACCUAGAUGUUCAUUGUCAGGCCUGUUCCCAUAGGUACGUUCCACUGCUGUUAAUAUGUUCUAGUGGCCCCUAAUGUGGCCCCUGAAUGCUGUUAUUCAACCAUUAUUAUCCAAUGUGUCUGUGUGAUUAUUUAGCCAUCUGGAAUGACACUGGUGUCAUGGAGCGUUCUGUCCCAUCAGCUCCUUAGUUACCUGCCCAUCUGUGUAUUAAUUGACUACCUGAGUGUAGGCUGAGGCAGCGUCCCAAAUGGCCCCCUAUUCCCUACAGUGAGGGAAAAAAGUAUUUGAUCCACUGCUGAUUUUGUACGUUUGCCCACUGACAAAGAAAUGAUCAGUCUAUAAUUUUAAUGGUAGGUUUAUUUGAACAGUGAGAGACAGAGUAACAACAAAAAAAUCCAGAAAAAUGCAUGUAAAACAUGUUAUAAAUUGAUUUGCAUUUUAAUGAGUGAAAUAAGUAUUUGACCCCCUCUCAAUCAGAAAGAUUUCUGGCUCCCAGGUGUCUUUUAUACAGGUAACGAGCUGAGAUUAGGAGCACACUCUUAAAGGGAGUGCUCCUAAUCUCAGCUUGUUACCUGUAUAAAAGACACCUGUCCACAGAAGCAAUCAAUCAAUCAGAUUCCAAACUCUCCACCAUGGCCAAGACCAAAGAGCUCUCCAAGGAUGUCAGGGACAAGAUUGUAGACCUACACAAGGCAGGAAUGGGCCACAAGACCAUCGCCAAGCAGCUUGGUGAGAAGGUGACAACAGUUGGUGCAAUUAUUCGCAAAUGAAAAAACACAAAAGACCUGUCAAUCUCCCUCAGCCUGGGGCUCUGUGCAAGAUCUCACCUCGUAGAGUUGCAAUGAUCAUGAGAACGGUCAGGAAUCAGCCCAGAACUACACGGGAGGAUCUUGUCAAUGAUCUCAAGGCAGCUGGGACCAUAGUCACCAAGAAAACAAUUGGUAACACACUACGCCGUGAAGGACUGGAAUCCUGCAGCGUCCGCAAGGUCCCCUUGCUCAAGAAAGCACAUAUACAGGGCCGUCUGAAGUUUGCCAAUGAACAUCUGAAUGAUACAGAGGAGAACUGGGUGAAAGUGUUGUGGUCAGAUGAGACCAAAAUCGAGCUCUUUGGCAUCAACUCAACUCGCCGUGUUUGGAGGAGGAGGAAUGCUGCCUAUGACCCCAAGAACACCAUCCCCACCGUCAAACAUGGAGGUGGAAACAUUAUGCUUUGGGGUGUGUUUUUCUGCUAAGGGGACAGGACAACUUCACUGCAUCAAAGGGACGAUGGACGGGGCCAUGUACCGUCAAAUCUUGGGUGAGAACCUCCUUCCCUCAGCCAGGGCAUUGAAAAUAGGUUGUGGAUGGGUAUUCCAGCAUGACAACCCAAAACACACGGCCAAGGCAACAAAGAAGUGGCUCAAGAAGAAGCACAUUAAGGUCCUGGAGUGGCCUAGCCAGUCUCCAGACCUUAAUCCCAUAGAUAAUCUGUGGAGGGAGCUGAAGGUUCGAGUUGCCAAACGUCAGCCUUGAAACCUUAAUGACUUGGAGAAGAUCUGCAAAGAGGAGUGGGACAAAAUCCCUUCUGAGAUGUGUGCAAACCUGGUGGCCAACUACAAUAAACGUCUGACCUCUGUGUUUGCCAACAAGGGUUUUGCCACCAAGUACUAAGUCAUGUUUUGCAGAGGAGUCAAAUACUUAUUUCCCUCAUUAAAAUGCAAAUCAAUUUAUAACAUUUUUACAUGCAUUUUUCUGGAAUUUUUUGUUGUUAUUCUGUCUCUCACUGUUCAAAUAAACCUACCAUUAAAAUUAUAGACUGAUAAUGUCUUUGUCAGUGGGCAAACGUACAAAAUCAGCAGGGGAUCAAAUACUUUUUUCCCUCACUGUAUAUAUAGUGUACUACACUGCUCAAAAAAAUAAAGGGAACACUAAAAUAACACAUCCUAGAUCUGAAUGAAUGAAAUAAUAUUAUUAAAUACUUUUUUCUUUACAUAGUUGAAUGUGCUGACAACAAAAUCACACAAAAAUGAUCAAUGGAAAUCAAAUUUAUCAACCCAUGGAGGUCUGGAUUUGGAGUCACCCUCAAAAUUAAAGUGGAAAACCACACUACAGGCUGAUCCAACUUUGAUGUAAUGUCCUUAAAACAAGUCAAAAUGAGGCUCAGUAGUGUGUGUGGCCUCCACGUGCCUGUAUGACCUCCCUACAACGCCUGGGCAUGCUUCUGAUGAGGUGGCGGAUGGUCUCCUGAGGGAUCUCCUCCCAGACCUGGACUUAAGCAUCCGCCAACUCCUGGACAGUCUGUGGUGCAACGUGGCAUUGGUGGAUGGAGCGAGACAUGAUGUCCCAGAUGUGCUCAAUUGGAUUCAGGUCUGGGGAACGGGCGGGCCAGUCCAUAGCAUCAAUGCCUUCCUCUUGCAGGAACUGCUGACACAAUCCAGCCACCUGAGGUCUAGCAUUGUCUUGCAUUAGGAGGAACCCAGGGCCAACCGCACCAGCAUAUGGUCUCACAAGGGGUCUGAGGAUCUCAUCUCGGUACCUAAUGGCAGUCAGGCUACCUCUGGCGAGCACAUAGAGGGCUGUGCGGCCCCCCAAAGAAAUGCCACCCCACACCAUGACUGACCCACCGCCAAACCGGUCAUGCUGGAGGAUGUUGCAGGCAGCAGAAUGUUCUCCACGGCGUCUCCAGACUCUGUCACGUCUGUCACGUGCUCAGUGUGAACCUGCUUUCAUCUGUGAAGAGCACAGGGCGCCAGUGGCGAAUUUGCCAAUCUUGAUGUUCUCUGGCAAAUGCCAAACGUCCUGCACGGUGUUGGGCUGUAAGCACAACCCCCACCUGUGGACGUCGGGCCCUCAUACCACCCUCAUGGAGUCUGUUUCUGACCGUUUGAGCAGACACAUGCACAUUUGUGGCCUGCUGGAGGUCAUUUUGCAGGGCUCUGGCAGUGCUCCUCCUGCUCCUCCUUGCACAAAGGCGGAGGUAGCAGUCCUGCUGCUGGGUUGUUGCCCUCCUACGGCCUCCUCCACGUCUCCUGAUGUACUGGCCUGUCUCCUGGUAGCGCCUCCAUGCUCUGGACACUACGCUGACAGACACAGCAAACCUUCUUGCCACAGCUCGCAUUGAUGUGCCAUCCUGGAUGAGCUGCACUACCUGAGCCACUUGUGUGGGUUGUAGACUCCGUCUCAUGCUACCACUAGAGUGAAAGCACCGCCAGCAUUCAAAAGUGACCAAAACAUCAGCCAGUAAGCAUAGGAACUGAGAAGUGGUCUGUGGUCACCACCUGCAAAACCAGUCCUUUAUUGGGGGUGUCUUGCUAAUUGCCUAUAAUUUCCACCUGUUGUCUAUUCCAUUUGCACAACAGCAUGUGAAAUGUAUUGUCAAUCAGUGUUGCUUCCUAAGUGGACAGUUUGAUUUCACAGAAGUGUGAUUGACUUGGAGUUACAUUGUGUUGUUUAAGUGUUCCCUUUAUUUUUUUGAGCAGUGUACUUCUUACCAGGGCCCAUAGGACUCGGGUCAAAUGAAUUGCACUAUAUAGGAAAUAUGCAGCAUGAUUUCAUCUGUGCACAAGUGAUACAAGGCGUCCUGACAGCCCGUAAGUGCUGGAUUACGGAUGGAGUGUUUAAACCUGAUGAGGGGAACAGGUCGAAUGAAGGGGGACCAUUUACACCCCCUACGAGGGGUUCAGUUCGCUCCCCUCUCUCCUCAUUAGGGCUGAUAAUGAGAGCUAAUUAUAACUAGCUCGGGGGGAAAACAUCUCUCCCUUCCGUCACUCUUUCCCUUCCUGUUCUCCCCUUCGUCCCUCGCUCCCUCCACCCUGAGGGACUACCCUAGUACAUCACAUACAGGGGCUGUGUCCCAAAUGGCAGCCUAUUACCUAUAGGGCCCACUACUUUUGACCGGAGCCCUAUGUAAGGAAUAGGGUGCCAUUUGGGACACAGACAGAGACGUAGCACAACCAGCAGAGCCACAGGUACAGCGUUCAGCCUGCGCUUGUUUACGAUGUUGUGUUGUUUGUCAGGCCCAUCCCUAAGGGAGACGAGAGGAAGAGAGCCUGUCUGAGGGCUCUGUCGGACAUCCAGGUCCAGCCAGGCUGUUACCUGCCCAGUAACCCAGAGGCCAUAGUACUGGACAUAGACUACAAGUCUGGGACUCCCAUGCAGAGGUAGGCCUAAGCCACUAUUCCUCAACCCUGGUACGAGAGAGCUAGGCUGGGUGCCAGUCUGUUUCUGCUCUCAUGCGAACUCCUUAUGGAAUUGUCAUGCCAAAAAUGUGCAAGAGCAGAAACAGAUCGGUGACCAGGCUACGAGAGAGCUGCAGGGUCCGCAGGCCUAGACUUUUACCAUGAAUUAACAAUUAAUAAUGAAGCUACUGUAAUGAAUUCAUACUAAGUUAUUUUAAGUAAUUCAUAUUCCAUCACAAUAUUGUGUUGAUCCCUGUGUGUCUCUUUAGUGCUGCCAAAGCUCCUUACCUGGCCAAGUUCAAAGUCAAGAGGUGUGGAGUCAGUGAGCUGGAGAAAGAAGGUGCUUUCUCACUAAAUGGAAUAGUCUCAACCCAGUGCCCUCUUUUUUCCUUACCUUUUACUACCACUGAUCUGAAAAGAACAUGACAGAUGGAAGCUAUACUAUGUAAACCUAUCCAGUCCUUUCACUCAUCCGUGUUAAUUAAAGAAAGGAAGGCAUUUUAUUGUUUUGAGAUAAUUGUUCCAAUAUUUAUAUGUUGCUAAUGCUACUAGAAAUAUCCUCAACAAGGAUUUAAAAAAUAAAUACUAAUCUAAUUUCCCCCUCCUCCCCUUUUCUCCCUCUCUCCCCCUGCCAGGUCUGCAGUGUAGGUCAGACUCUCUGGACGAGGCUGACAGUGAGGAGGAGGUCCAGAGGAUCUGCUGGCAGGCAGCCAUCUUUAAAGUGGGCGACGACUGCAGACAGGUCUCUACACACACACUCUCUCUUUCGACCUACACUACCGGUCAAAAGUUUUAGAACACCUACUCAUUCAAGGGUUUUUCUUGAUUUUGACUAUUUUCUACAUUGUAGAAUAAUAGUGAAGACAUCAGAACUAUGAAAUAACACAUAUGGAAUCAUGUAGUAACCAAAAAAGUGUUGAACAAAUCAAAAUAUAUUUUAUAUUUUAGAUUCUUCAAAUAGCCACCCUUUGCCUUGAUGACAGCUUUGCACACUCUUGGCAUUCUCUCAACCAGCUUCAUGAGGCAGUCACCUGGAAUGCUUUUAAAUUAACAGGUGUGCCUUCUUAAAAGUUAAUUUGUGGAAUUUGUUUCCUUCUUAUUGCGUUUGAGCCAAUCAGUUGUGUUGUGACAAGGUAGGGGGGUAUACAGAAGAUAGCACUAUUUGGUAAAAUACCAAGUCCAUAUUAUGGCAAGAACGGCUCAAAUAAGCAAAGAGAAACAACAGUCCAUUACUUUAAGAUAUGGUCAGUCAAUACGCCAAAUUUCAAGAACUUUGAAAGUUUCUUCAAGUGCAGUCGCAAAAACCAUCAAGCGCUUUGAUGAAACUGGCUCUCAUGAGGACCGCCACAGGAAUGGAAGACCCAGAGUUACCUCUGCUGCAGAGGAUAAGUUCAUUAGAGUUACCAGCCUCAGAAAUUGCAGCCCAAAUAAAUGCUUUACAGAGUUCAAGUAACAGACACAUCUCAACAUCAACUGUUCAGAGGGGACUGUGUGAAUCAGGCCUUCAGGGUCGAAUUGCUGCAAAGAAACCACUACUAAAGGACACCAAUAAGAAGAGGAGACUUGCUUGGGCCGAGAAACACGAGCAAUGGACAUUAGACCGGUGGAAAUUUGUGCUUUGGUCUGGCGUCCAAAUUUGACAGUUUUGGUUCCAACCGCCGUGUCUUUGUGAGACGCGGUGUGGGUGAACGGAUGAUCUCCGCAUGUGUAUUUCCCACCGUAAAGCAUGGAGGAGGAGGUUUUAUGGUGUGGGGGUGCUUUUCUGGUGAGAUUGUCUUUGAUUUAUUUAGAAUUCAAGGCACACUUAACCAGCAUGGCUACUGCAGCAUUCUGCAGCGAUACGCGAUCUGGUUUGGGCUUAGUGGGACUAUCAUUUGUUUUUCAACAAUUCAAUGACCCAACACAAGGGCUAUUUUUCCAAGAAGUAGAGUGAUGGAGUGCUGCAUCAGAUGGCCUGGCCUCCACAAUCACCCGACCUCAAUCCAAUUGAGAUGGUUUGGGAUGAGUUGGACCGCAGAGUGUAGGAAAAGCAGCCAACAAAUGCUCAGCAUAUGUGGGAACUCCUUCAAGACUGUUGGAAAAGCAUUCCAGGUGAAGCUGGUUGAGAGAAUGCCAAGAGUGUGCAAAGCUGUCAUCAAGGCAAAGGGUGGCUAUUUGAAGAAUCUCAAAUAUAAAAUAUAUUUUGAUUUGUUUAACACUUUUUUUUGGUUACUACAUGAUUCCAUAUGUGUUAUUUCAUAGUUUUGAUGUCUUCACUAUUAUUCUACAAUGUAGAAAAUAGUAAAAAUAAAGAAAAACCCUUGAAUGAGUAGGCAUUCUAAAUCUUUUGACCAGUAGUGUAUUUCAAUAUCUGUGUUCAUCUUCUCUUGAUGUCUUCUCUCUCUCUCCCAUUUUCUUCACUGUCCACUAUCUGUAUCUUUCACACUCUGUUUCUUCUUCUCUCCUCCUGUUUACGCUUUCUGUCCCUUUCUCUCUGCCCUUUUCUCUCUCUCUCUCUCUCUCUCUCUCUCUCUCUCUCUCUCUCUCUCUCUCUCUCUCUCUCUCGCUCGCUCGCUCGCUCUCUCUCGCUCUCUCUCGCUCUCUCUCUCUCUCUCUCGCUCUCUCUCUCGCUCUCUCUCUCUCUCUCUCUCUCUCUCUCUCUCUCCCUCUCCCUCUCCCUCUCUCUAUUUAAUAGCUGUUAAUUGAUGUGAGUAAAAUUAUAUAUCUUUCUAUAUCUGUGUAGGACAUGCUGGCUCUGCAGAUCAUCGGUCUGUUCAAGAACAUCUUUCAGCUGGUGGGACUGGACCUGUUUGUUUUCCCCUACAGAGUGGUGGCUACCGCCCCCGGGGUAGGUUACCUACCCCCUCUCCUUCUACACCUUACACCCUACUACCACUUAUCCUCUACCUGUUUUAUGUUCCCCUCUUUAGAUGGUCCUUCACAUACGAUAUAUGUCAGAUUUACAAUGAGAAAAAGGACACAUUUGAAAGAUCUAUCUGCGCAAACACCUUUGAACUUGGUUUUAUAAGGUUCUAUCUGCAAUCCAAUCACACAUUGCUGGGUUUCCAAUCAAAUGAUUUGCAUGUAAGGUGAUGUACUCAUUGAGUAAUGAAAGAGGAAGACAUCACAAAACAUAUUUGAUAGCUGGGACUUGAAUAAUACUGCAUACAGUGCCUUCAGAAAGUAAUCAUACCCCUUUACUUAUUCCACAUUUUGUUGUGUUACAACCUAAAUUCAAAAUUGAUUACAUAUUUUUUUUAUCUCACCCAUCUACACACAAUACCCCAUAAUGACCAAGUGAAAACAUGUUUGUAGAUUUUUUUGCUAAUUUAUUGAAAAUGAAAUACAAAAAUAUCUCAUUUACAUAAGCAUUCACAGCUCUGAGUCAGUACUUUCUAGAAGCACCUUUGGGAAUGAUUACAGCUGUGAGUGUUUCUGGUCUCUAAGAGCUUUCCACACCUGGAUUGUGCAACAUUUGCCCAUUAUUAUUUUCAAAAUUCUUCAAGCUCAGUCAAAUUGGUUGUUGAUCAUUGCCAGACAACCAUUUUCAGGUCUUGCCAUAGAUUGGUAAGCAAUUCCAGUGUAGAUUUGGCCUUGUGUUUUAGGUUAUUGUCCUGCUGAAAGGUGAAUUUAUCUCCCAGUGUCUGGUGGAAAGCAGACUGAACCAGGUUUUCCUCUAGGAUUUUGCCUGUGCUUAGGUCAAUUCUGUUUAUUUUUUUUAAAUAAAAAACUCCCCAGUCCUUAACGUUGAAAAGCAUAUCCAUAACAUGAUGCAGCCACCACUAUGCUUGAAAAUAUGGAGAGUGGUACUCAGUAAUGUGUUGUAUUGGAUUAGCCCCAAACAUAACACUUUGUAUUCAGGACAAAAAGUUAAUUACUUUGCCACAUUUUUUGCAAUAAUACUUUAGUGCUUUAGCAAUGUAGAUAAUUAUCCAUAGGAUAUAGUGCAGGGUUCCCCAACUGGCGGGCCGAAUUUGGCCUGCAGGUGGUUUUAUUUGGCCCCCCAAGUUUUCUGAGCAAAAAAUAUAUAAUUUAAACGCAACAUGUAACAAUUUCAAAGAUUUUACUGAGUUACAGUUCAUAUAAGGAAAUCAGUCAAUUUAAAUAAAUAAAUUAGGCCCUAAUCUAUGGAUUUCACAUGACUGGGAAUACAGAUAUGCAUCCCUUGGUCACAGAUUCCUUUAAAAAAGGUAGGGGCGUGGAUCAGAAAACCAGUCAGUAUCUGGUGUGACCACCAUUUGCCUCAUGCAGUGCAACACAUCUCCUUCGCAUAGAGUUGAUCAGACUGUUGAUUGUGGCUUGUGGAAUGUUGUUCCACUCCUCUUCAAUGGCUGUGCGAAGUUACUGGAUAUUGGCGGGAACUGGAACACGCUGACGUACAUGUCGAUCCAGAGCAUCCCAAACAUGCUCAAUGGGUGACAUGUCUGGUGAGUAUGCAGGCCAUGGAAGAACUGGGACAUUUUCAGCUUCCAGGAAUUGUGUACAGAUCCUUGCAACAUAGGGAUGUGCAUUAUCAUACUAAAACAUGAGGCGAUGGCAGUGGAUGAAUGGCACGACAAUUGGCCAUCAGGAUCUCGUCACGGUAUCUCUGUGCAUUUGAAUUGCCAUCGAUAAAAUGCAACUGUGUUUGUUGUCCGUAGCUUAUGCCUGCCCAUACCAUAACCCCACUGCCACCAUGGGGUACUCUGUUCACAACGUUGACGUCAGCAAACCGCUCGCCCACACGACGCUAUACACACUGUCUGCCUUCUUUCCGGUACAGUUGAAACUGGGAUUCAUCCGUGAAGAGCACACUUCUCCACCAUACAAGUGGCCAUCGAAGGUGAGCAUUUGCCCACUGAAGUUGGUUACGACGCCGAACUGCAGUUAGGUCAAGACCCUGGUGAGGUCAAUGAGCUUCCUUGAGAUGGUUUCUGACAGUUUGUGCAGAAAUUAUUUGGUUGUGCAAACCCACAUUCAUCAGCUGUCCGGGUGGCUGGUCUCAGACGAUCGCGCAGGUGUAGAAGCCAGAUGUGGAAGUCCUGGGCUACUGCAGUCAGCAUGCCAGUUGCACGCUCCCUCAAAACUUGAGACAUCUGUGGCAUUGUUGUGUGACAAAACUGCACAUUUUAGAGUGGCCUUUUAUUGUCCCCAGCACUAGGUGCACCGCUGUAAUCAGCUUCUUGAUAUGCUAGACCUGUCAGGUGGAUGGAUUAUAUUGGCAAAGGAGAAAUGCUCACUAACAGGGAUAUAAAGAAAUUUCAGCACACAAUUUGAGAGAAAUACGUUUUUUCUGUGCGUAUGGAACUUUUCUGGGAUCUUUUAUUUCAGCUCAUGAAACAUGGGACCAACUCUUUACAUGUUGCAUUUAUAUUUUGUUCAGUGCAUUUAUAUAUACAGUACCAGUCAAAAGUUUGGACACACCUACUCAUUUAAGGGUUUUUCUUUAUUUUUACUAUUUUCUACAUUGUAGAAUAAUAGUGAAGACAUCAAAACUAUGAAAUAAUACAUAUGGAAUCAUGUAGUAACCAAAAAGGUGUUUAACAAAUUAAAAUAUAUUUUAGAUUCUUCAAACAGGACAAUGACCCAAAACACACCUCCAGGCUAUUUGACCAAGAAGGAGAGUGAUGGAGUGAUGCAUCAGAUGACCUGGCCUCCACAAUCACCCGACCUCAAUCCAAUUGAGAUGGUUUGGGAUGAGUUGGACCGCAGAGUGUAGGAAAAGCAGCCAACAAAUGCUCAGCAUAUGUGGGAACUCCUUCAAGACUUUUGGAAAAGCUUUCCAGGUGAAGCUGGUUGAGAGAAUGCCAAGAGUGUGCAAAGCUGUCAUCAAGGCAAAUAUUCUAUUUGAAGAAUCUCAAAAAUAAAAUAUAUUUUGAUUUGUUUAACACUUUUUUGGUUACUAAUUUACAUGAUUCCAUAUGUGUUAUUUCAUAGUUUUGAUGUCUUCACUAUUAUUCUACAAUGUAUAAAAUAGUACAAAUAAAGAAAAACCUUUGAAUGAGUAGGUGUGUCCACAUUUUUGACUGGUACUAUAUAUAUAUAUAUAUAAUUAUUAUUAUUAUUAUUAUAUAUGUAUAUAUUAUCUUUUUGGGCUUGUUGCGGUCAAUUUACAAAUUAUUUGUAAAUACAUUUCGGCCCCCCAACCAUCCGCUCAAGAAAAAAUCGAACCGCGGCUGAAUACGUUGAUGAUCCCUGAUAUAGUGCAUUUGUCAUUUCAGCGAACUAUUGCUUUAACAAAUGUAUGAUGAACAUGAAUUUAUGUAUUUGAUGAUGUGGUUUGAAGGAAGGAAGUGUAUUCUCUUAAUUUGAUAAUUAAAUGGCUUUACUUUUCUAUAAAAAAUAAUCUUAUCAUUCAGUGCCAGAUAGAACCUUGUUACUGAACACAGGUUGGCAUUUCAGAAUUAUAAGGUUUUAAAUGUGAUGAUGCCCCCGUAAAAAAAAAAUAAAAUAUAUAUAUAUAUAUAUAUAUAUAUAUAUAUAUAUAUAUAUAUAUAUAUAUAUAUAUUCUGCACUUUAGGUACCUUUUUAAGCUGAGGACUGUAAUGGAUUAUGAAAGAAGAAUUCACUACAAAACAUUUCUGAGAUCUGGGAUGUGAAAACUUUUAUGCUUAAUAUCUCAGAACUAUGCUGUGUGCAGAUAUAACCUUAUAAUUCCAAGGUCAUUGUUGUAUGUGACUGUCGUUGGUUUGCAGCAAAAUACAUUGGGAUGGUAAAUAUAUCUUCUCUCUCUCUCUCUCUUUCUCCCUCUCUCUGUGUCUCUCUCCAUCUCGCUGUCUUUUUCUCUUCUCUCUCUCUCUCUCUCUCUCUCUCUCUCUCUCUCUCUCUCUCUCUCUCUCUCUCUCUCUCUCUCUCUCUCUCUCUCUCUCUCUCUCUCUCUCUAUUUCUAUUUCUCUAUUUCUAUUAUACUCCCUUCUGGACUGUUCUCUCCUGUCUCAGUGCGGUGUGAUUGAGUGUAUUCCAGACUGUAAGUCCCGCGACCAGCUGGGAAGACAGACAGACUUUGGGAUGUACGACUACUUCAGGAACCAGUACGGAGACGAGUCCACUCUGGCAUUCCAGAAGGUAAAGGCUGUAUUCCGAUUCUCUACCCUUCUACAGAAGUACUUGUGCACUCCUCCUCAUGCAUUUAAAAGCACUGGAUUGGUGCAAGCCUGGCUGGAGGGAGUUUCCACCAUACUCCUCACCCCAGUCCAUUCCUUUUUAAUCCACAAGGGGGAGUGUACAAGUGCACACUUCGGGACAAGGAUAGAGAAUUGGAAUAUGUGCCACAGUCUCAACUCACAUUGAACAGCACACAAACUGUGAUACUAUACCUCUCCAACCUCAUGUUAUUCAGAGAUCUGAAGGUAGAAGGUAUAUUUAUGUAUCUCCUCUCUCUGUAGGCGCGGUACAACUUCAUCCGCAGUAUGGCAGCCUACAGCCUGUUGCUCUUCCUACUCCAGCUCAAAGACCGACACAACGGCAACAUCAUGCUGGACAGCCAUGGACACCUCAUCCACAUUGGUGUGUGUGUGUGUGCACGUGUGUGCGUGCAUGCAUUUCCUCUCAUGCAUUUCCUCUUUAUCUUUGAGUUCCUUAGUGGGUAACCGCAUGUGUGUUUCCUCAGACUUUGGCUUCAUGUUUGAGAGUUCUCCGGGCGGUAACCUGGGCUGGGAGCCGGACAUCAAGCUGACCGAUGAGAUGGUGAUGAUCAUGGGAGGCAAGAUGGAGGCCACGCCCUUCAAGUGGUUCAUGGAGAUGUGUGUGAGGGGAUACCUUGCUGUCAGGUGAGUGUGUGUGUGUGUGUUUGUGUCUGCAUCUUUGUGUGUGUACAAUGAUUACGCAUUGUCAAACUAUCACAUACUGUUAACUGUUAGUAACAGUUAGUAAAUAUUGCCAUAAAGACUUAUUUAUGCCUCACAUACAUACGUACGCACGCAAUACAAGAAUUACAAGUAGCUGGGCAAAAUGGCGUUGUGUAGCAAGUAUGCAGGAUCGCCAUUUCGCGUAGCGUUCUUGCAUUGCAUAUGUAAAGUAGAAAUUAGGCUUAAGUCCCUGAGGUGGUGAUGUCUUAUUAUUAUGGUCUGUCUUUUAGGCCCUACAUGGAUGCUGUGGUUUCCUUGGUAACUCUGAUGCUGGACACUGGCCUGCCCUGCUUCAGAGGACAGACUAUCAAACUGCUCAAGUGAGUCGUGUGUACAUGUACGUACUGUACAUGUGUGUUUUGUGAUGUCGAGAGGGAUAGCAACUACUUGUGUGUGUAUGUGUACGUGUGACAGAUACUGACUACCCUAGUUUUUCCCCUAGGCAGCGGUUCAAUCCUUGUGUGAGUGAGAAAGAGGCUGCUGCAUUUAUCAUCAAAAUCAUCCAGAGCUGCUUCCUCAGCAGCAGGUCAGUUUAACACAUUCUCCUUUAUGUUGGUGACUGUGUAUCAAACUCAGACUUGGGUUUCAAAUACUUAAAAAAUCGAUUCAAAUACAUUCUGUGCCUGUUUUGAGAUUGCCUGGCUUAAUAAACCAAUAUCAAAGUCCCAAAACGGCAAACCCCACCCAUCUGGCUCUUCAGGUAAACACUGAAAGUAUUUUAAUCGAUUUUUCAAGUAGUUGAAACCCAGGUCUGAUCAAACCUUAUGCUUAACUCAAGUCUGCCAUUACAUGAACAAGAUUAUCUUUUAUACCAAAUAUUUCACAUUCUUAAACAGCUGUUUUCUUGUCUUGUUUUUCAGGAGCAAAACCUACGAUAUGCUCCAGUACUACCAAAAUCAGAUCCCAUAC